AUGGGGAGAAAAAAGAUCCAGAUCCAGAGGAUUACGGACGAGAGGAACCGGCAGGUCAGUUUGCAUUAAAUGGAUAGAAAUUGUACAUCAUCAUUUUUCUCUCUUUAUGGUGCUAUGGGUGGUGGGGAGCAUUUGCCAUUUCUGCAGAGUUCCAAAGGGGAUGUCACUUUUCCCUUGCUUUGUGCUUCAACUUUGCUGACUCUGAAGUUGAACCUGUGCUUUUCAGUAGCACAGACUCUUGUGAGUGGUGCAUCAAUUAAGUGGUUUGGAGCUGCUUGGGAGCCUAGCUGGGUUUCCAGGUCUCUUUCCUGAGACUGGGAUGGAACAGAGGAAGGUGCCUUAUGUUGAGUUGGACUGUUGGCCCAUCUAGCUCAGUAUUGUCUACACUGAUUGGGAGCAGCUCUUCAGGGUCUUCCAGGCUGGGGGCAGGGUCUUUCUCAAGCCUCCUUGAAGGCGCCAUUGGGAUUGAAGCUGGGGCCUCAUGCCAAGCAGAUGCUCUGGAUCUGAGCAGCUGUGAAGGUGGAUGAAGCAUAGGAACUACAGAGUGUGGUCUUAUAGGCCAGGGAGCAAAGGCUGGAAGUUAUGUGCCCAUCUGGGGAGCAGUUCACACCACAGUUUGUUGUCACUCCCGCACAGCAAAGCAAGUUGAUGCUUUCCAUAGAUUUCAAUAUUCAAAAUUGUCGUUGGAAAGAUGUGGGGUGGCCUCAAAUCAGGGGUCUUGUGUGUUCUGGGAUGGAACUUCCUGCCAGAAACCACUGAGGUCGCAUUCACACGACACAUUUUCAGCACCCUGAUUCCACUUUAAACCAUCAUGGCUUCCCCCAAAGAGUACUGGGAGCUGUAGUUUGCUAAGGGCGCUGGGAGUUGUUAGAAGACCGCCCUGUUCCCCUCCCAGAGCUUCAAUUCCCAGAGUGGUUUAACAAUCAAUCCCUCUUCACAGGGAAUUCUGGGAAUUGUGGCUCCGUGAGGGGGAAAGGUGUCUCCUAACAACUCUCAGCACCCUUAACAAACUACAGCUCCCAGGUUUCUUGGGGGGGGGGGGGAAGCCAUGACGGUUUAAAGUGAAAUCAUAGUGCUUUACAUGUGUAUUGCUAAUGUGGCCACUAUCUUCCCCGAAAAACAGUCAUCAGUAUGUUGCCAGGUCUAGCUUGAAGCCUCACAGCUUUAUUUUUCCUUGUCAAGGUCACUGGGGAAGGACAGGCAUCUCAGAGUCAUGGCCCAGAAUCAAAGGUUUGUGGUGGUAGGCAUGCUUGGCUUGAGGGUUUUUGCUAUCUACGCCAUCUCUGUCAAGUGCUGAAAUAAAUCACCCAGGCUCUUUCAGCCGCUUCUUCAUAACCUGCACUUCUAAAAUAUCAGGAAUGAAUCCAGUGGCCAGGAAUAUGGCUACCACAAGAUGCAGUGGCGGCCAGCAACUAAAAUGGCUUUAAAGGGGGUGAUAGAUUCAUGGAGGAUAAGGCCAUCAGUGACCACUAGCCUUGGUGGCUAGUGUUGUUUAUCUAUUUGUUUCAUUUACAAAUUACUUCCCUUAAAACAUAUCAUAGUGUUUUAGACCCCCUCCCCCAUUCUUCUGAUGGUAAAUUGUUUUAACUGAUUUUAAUAUCCUGCUUGUGUAGUGUGGUGCCGUGGUAAGAGUGUCGGACUAAGACCUGGCAGGGACCAGGGUUCGAAUCCCCACGCACUGGGGGUGACCUUGGGCCAGUCAGUGCCUCUCAGCCUAACCUUCCUCACAGGCUUGUUUUGGGGAUUAAAUAAGCGAGAGCUACUUUGUGCUCUUUAGAGAAAAGGGUAGGAUAAAACUGCAGUUAAUAAUAAGAAAAGUAGUAGUAGUGGUAGUAGUGGUGGUGGUUGUAGUAGUAACCUGCCUUGGGGCCUUCUGCUGAAGACUGGGUAAAAUAUCUAAUGCAUAAAAACAUUGGUAACAGAAACCAUUUCAAGUCCAAUGCAGAUACAGACUGGGAUAAAAACAACCUUCAUUUAAAAGGCUUGUUGAAAAAAAGUGGGGAAAGAAAGGUCUACAACAGGCACUGGAAAGACAAUGCAGGCUGCUCCUGUAAUGACAUGGUGUGCCUCUCAACCCCCGUUGCUAGGAUACGUGAGUGGGGAGAGUAGCUGUUCAUGUCCUGCUUUCUGGCUUCCCAGUGGAGCAUCUGGUUGGCCACAGUGAGAACAAGAUGCUGGACUAGAUGGGUCCCCUUCUCCUCACAGAGCUAAAAUCCCCAAAGUUCUUUAGGAAGAGGGAUUGAUUGUUAAAAGACUCUAGGAAUUGUAGCCCUUAACAAAUUGCAAUUCCCAGGAUUCUUUGGGGGAAGCCAUGACUAUUUAAACUGGCACCAUAGCGUUUUAAAUAUAUGGUGUGAAUGUGCCCCCCCCCCCCGCCUAGGAUGGAAUCUGUGCCUACUUAAACCCUACAAUUUCCUUACCUUGGAGGUCCACCUUCCAGAAUCAGAGCUCAGUUGAUUAUAUAUUUAUUCAAGGUGGCUUUUGAGUGGCAAUACAAUUGCCCUAAUUGGGUUUUUGUGCUUCUUAGCUCACCCUCUGUCCUUGGGGUGCAACAGGCUAUAAACCAGGAGAUACAAUAACAAAAAUGCUGUGUCUUUAUGAACAUGACAUUUAGGCAAUUUCCAAUCUGCUUCCCACUGGCCAGGGUCACUUGGCCUCCUUCAACUCCCUUGUUUGUUAACUGCACCAUGAGGACUUGUAACUUGCAUGCUUAAAGCAAGGAUAAAAGCGACUACCCCAAAGCAAGCAGAUUUGGGGUUUUCAGGGGUGACCUGAAAAUCCGGAAGGCUUUUUUAAAAACCCAAUUUCUUCUUAGCACCAAAACUCCGCACCCUGCCUUGAUAGUGUUCUGUACCAUGCUUGUUGAAGUGGGGUAGAGGACUGUUAACAACAACAACAACAACAACAACAACAACAUGGAACGAGGUACCUGCUGUUCCAUUGCUAGCAGAGGGAUUGUUCUGGCAGGCAGCAAAUUUGCUGCGGCAAAUACUUUCCUACCCUUCAGGGAACCACCCUCAAGGUUGUGAGGUCUUAAAAUUAACCCAUGUGACAGAUGGCCUAGUUCGAUUUCCAGCUCCCCAGCAGGUCUGUUCUCUUGGCAAAGGCCCCUUGAUGCAGACUGAGGUUGUUUUAAUAAACACCUGAGAGCGAGCUGUGAAUCCCAUUUCAAGAAAUUAAAACACCAGCCCUCCUUCCCCUCGACUCCACUGUUGACAAAGCCCAAGGGCAGGAGUGAGUGGUUAGAGAGAAGGCCACAUUCACAUGUACAAAGGCAAGCUCUAGUGUUAAGGACUUCUGUCAAGCUGCUUUGGGAGGGUGUUAAUGAAUUGUUUGUUGUUGUUCUUUAUCUAGAGAGGCCUCUUCCUCACAGUUUCAACCCCCACCCCACAAGGCACUUGUGCAAGGUUAGGAACCACUUAGGCCUCAUUCAUAUCAAACAUUUAAAGCUCUAUGAUUUCACUUCAAACACUCAUGGGUUCCCUCAAACUAUUCUGGGAGCUGUAGUUUCUUAGCGGUGCUGAGAGCUGUUAGAAGGCCCCUGUUCCCCUCACAGAGCUACAAUUCCCAGAGUAUUUUAGCAAUCGAUCCCUUUUCUCAGCUCUGGGAAUUGUAGCUUUGUGUGACAGAGAUGAAAUACAAUUAAAACACCGCUAUGACAGCAACAUUCUAUAUGAAAAUGCAAAGUCAAUUAAAGGCUGACAUUAAGUUACACGUGGCUAAUCUAACAGCUUUGGGACACAGUUUCCAGGGGUUCUUCACCACGCAUCAGAAGCAUUUUAGUGUUGUAGUCAUUCAUGCCUGUAAGGGGAGAAAAUUCCACUCAUGGGGCACUACCACAGAGAAGGCCCUGCUCCAGGUUCCCCGUGAUGGGCAGCAUCAGUUACUUGGGCUGGAAGCAGCCCCCACCUCUUGAUUUUAAGCCCCAACCUGGCUGAUGUGGAAAGAGGUACUCUGACAAAUAUCAAGGCCACAAGUUAUUGAGGGCUUUAUAAGUUAAUGUUAGCACUUUGAUGUGGGCCUGGUAACAUAUAGGCAGCAACAAUAGAUUCCAUAGAAUAUGUGUCACAUAAUAAAAUAAAUUCUUGUGACUGCAUUCUGUACUAACAGCAGAAUGGAAGAAGGAACUGAGCUGAAGGAAUUGGAAACUGCAGCAAACUUGGCACUCUUUCAAUUCCAGAUUUUCAUUUCAGAAAUUCUCCUAGUUUAACCAAAACUCAGAGCUGAGCAAGCCUACUGAAGAAUCAAGGGAAGGAGCCUAAUAAAUCUCCUGGGUGGAAACCUUGCCUCCUGUGCUGGUGUCUGUCUUUUUGCUGAUUGUGUUCAUCCCUCGUAAUAAUAAUUAGGGGUGUUACUUGAUAAAUCAACGUAGCGUGAUUUUUAAAAUCUUAAAAAAGGUGCUCCCAAACUAAUCAGAUAGACAUUUUCCAAAUUAAAUUGUUUAUUAUUUUUACAUGGACAAAUCCAUGAAGGGUGCCCAUCUUGAACGAGGCAUUGUCUUCCUGCCCUCCGUUGCCCCCUUCUCUCACAUACAGGAGAGAAACUGACUUGCCUGCUGCAGCAAGUGCAUGUACCAUCAAAGUAAAGCCUUUUUAAAAUAAAAAAUGGAGCUUUCUUCAUUUGCAUCAUGGAAGCAUUUCGUCAUUUGCAAAUUUAUUAUUGAAUAAAUUAAUUAAAACACACAUGAUUCUUCCAUUAAGAUUUCUUUCAGUUGAGUGGCAGCCCUAAUAAUGAUCUCGUGUGGCAUUCAUGCAGCACUUGAGAGAGCUAAAGGCAUUUUGCAUGAUCUAGUUCUCAGUACAACUACCCCGUGCGGUAGGGCAAUGGUGUUAGGGACAAAUGUAAGGUUCUGCACUUAGGAAGAAACAGAUACACAAAUAUAGGAUGGGGGACACCUGGCUUACUAGCAGUACAUGUGAAAAGGAUCUAGGGGUCUUGGUGGACCGCAAGCUUAACAUGAGUAAAUGUGUGAUGCAGCAGCAAAAAAAAUCUAAUGCUAUUCUAGGCUGCAUCAACAGAAGUAUAGUGUCCUGAUAAAGGAAACUAAUAGUACCACUCUAUUCUGCCUUAGUCAUACCACACUUGGAAUACUGUGUCCAAUUCUGGGCACCACAAUUUAAGAAGGAUGUUGACAAACUGGAACAGAGGAGAGCAACCAAGAUGUUCAGGGGUCUGGAAACUAAGCCUUAUGAGGAGCGCUUGAAGGAGCCGGGUAUGUUUAGCUUGGAAAAGAGGAGACUGAGAGGAGAUAUGAUAGCCAUCUUCAAAUAUCUUAAGGGCUGUCAUCACAUGGAAGAGGAAGCAUGCUUGUUUUCUCCUGCUCUGGAGGGUAGAACUCGAACCAAUGGCUUCAAGUUGCAAGAAAGGAGAUUCCGACUAAACAUUUGGGAAAACUUUCUGACAGCAAGAGCAGUUCAGCAGUGGAACAGACUCCCCUGAGAGGUGGUGGACUAUCCUUCCUCGAGGUUUUUAAACAAGAGGUUGGAUGGCCAUCUGCCAUGGAAGCUUUAGCUGAGAUUCCUGCAUUGCAGGGGGUUGGACUAGAUGACCCUUGGAGUCCCUUCCAACUCUAAGAUUCUAUGCUUCUAUUAUUCCUGUCUGCAAUAUGAGUAUGAGGCUAAGGGGAAGAGGGGGCUGGCUUCAAGUUGCAAGAAAGGAGAUUCCGACUAAACAUUUGGGAAAACUUUCUGACAGCAAGAGCAGUUCAGCAGUGGAACAGACUCCCCUGAGAGGUGGUGGACUAUCCUUCCUCGAGGUUUUUAAACAAGAGGUUGGAUGGCCAUCUGCCAUGGAUGCUUUAGCUGAGAUUCCUGCAUUGCAGGGGGUUGGACUAGAUGACCCUUGGAGUCCCUUCCAACUCUAAGAUUCUAUGCUUCUAUUAUUCCUGUCUGCAAUAUGAGUAUGAGGCUAAGGGGAAGAGGGGGCUUCCCUAGUGAGUUCCAGGCAAGGGUAAGAAUGGAACUGCAGGCUUCCAGAUUCUUCCCUGCCUUAGUCCUGCAUCCUAUUCUAGCUGUCUUCUUGGUGGGGAGUUUUGGUUUUUUUACACACCCCUUUCAGUGCAUUUAAUUCCAAACAGGACAUUAUGCUGCCUAUAACAAACAAUGGCAGGCAAAUUCAGUUGGAGUGGUUUUCCUGUUCCCUUUGAAGCAACGGGUCUUUUGAGUUUUACUUCUUAAAAGUUUGGGGGAGCCAUUUUGCCUGUAACAGUAACGUCUCACUCUGAAUAUGACUGACUUGUUUGAAGGAUACUAUGGCUUAAAAACAGAGACUCUGCAUGUACUGUUGUUACCCAAGAAAAUAUUUUAAUAAAAGCAUAUUUAAAAACAAAACAAAAAAUGGUGGGGGAAGGGGUGAUUGAGGAGAAGAAGAAAUUGUGGAAGCAUCCCAGUUGUUCAAAGCAUUUUGUUUGGUUUGGUUUUUGUAAGGCUAGCAGGAAACUUCCUAUUAGCAAUUAUUAUUAAGAAAGCUGCUGGAACUUUUUAUUGGAGUGGUCAUGCUUUGCAACAGAGGGAAGGCCAGCGCUAGGUGCCAAGGACAAGCUGGAUGUAUGUCUUUCCAUGGUUAUUUGAAGCAGUAAAAGUGAAUGGAAAAUACUUUCCAGUUCUUUGGGGGCUUUGAUUGAGUCCAGGUUCCACAAUCCCGUCAGGAAGGAGGGGAGGCAUCCUGUGUCAGAGUGCAGGGCCAAAUCGAUUGCCUGUUUCUCAUCUCUUUCCAUUGAGCUGCUGUUUGUGCAGCUAAGCUUUGCAGGAGAGAGCUGUUGAAGGAAGAUCUGUUAGAGAGGCUUCUUCAGGUUAGCAGGUUAAAGUACCUGGCUUAUUAUUUAUUUUGUUACAUUUGUCUACAGCUCUUCUUCAGUCACAGAACCCAAAGUGGUAUGCAUGUUGUCCCCAAGCAGUCACCCAUUCAGGCACUGGCCAGAUACAGACCUGCUUAAUUUCAGCAAGGUGCUGGACUCGCAUACCUGCUGGCCUGCUUUUACUGCAGUGUCUUUAGAGCCAGAAAUGUUCCCAUGGGAGACAUUGCAUGUGGUUGGUUCUCAGUGAGUACUGAAAGCAUUCUAAAGGUUUCUGGAAAACCUUAUAAAGGUAAAGGGUAAAAGGACCCCUGACCAUUAGGUCCAGUCCUGGCCAACUCUGGGGUUGCGGCGCUCAUCUCGCUUUAUUAGCUAAGGGAGCCAGCGUACAGCUUCCAGGUCAUGUGGCCAGCAUGACUAAGCUGCUUCUGGCGAACCAGAGCAGUGCACGGAAACGCCGUUUACCUUCCCGCCGGAGCGGUACCUAUUUAUCUACUUGCACUUUGACGUGCUUUCGAACUGCUAGGUUGGCAGGAGCAGGGACCGAGCAACAGGAGCUCACCCUGUUGUGGGAAUUCGAACCGCCGACUUUCUGAUCGGCAAGUCCUAGGCUCUGUGGUUUAACCCACAGCGCCACCCGCAUCCCUGGAAAACCUCAUAACAACUAGCUAUUGCCACCUUGCAGUGUGUUUACACUCACACAAACCAUCAGAAUCUGAGGUUGGGCAGGUGUAUUUAUGUGCCUUCAAUGUAUGUGCCUUCACUGUACUCAUUUAUUCCGCCGUAGCCCAUUUUGCACAGAUGUAGGACAGUGGUGCAAAACCAGCACAAACUCCACAAAGCGCCCUGAAAGCAUGCAUAUUUUUUUUCUAGUGUACUUUACCAGUGGCACAAAAUGAACCAUGCAGUGGGAAGGCUGUGUGUUGUAUCAAGUACUACUCCUACUCAGAACAGGCCCAUUGAAAACAAUGGACAGGGCUAACUUAGGUCUCCUCUGAGUUUAACUUUAUUGGUUCCAACCCUGUGCCUUAGAUCUCCUGUAUGUGGGUUACCCUGGGCCUGGGGUCAUGAUGCAUCUGCCACAUCUGUCAAGAGAUUUAACUUCUAGAGACUUGGGGAUGGCAGGGGGACAAGUUAAGGCAGAAGGACAGAGGCUUCCGGAGUCUGUGUUUUCUAAAAGCAUCCACAUCAUCUCCACAAAUCAAGAUAUAAGACAGUGGUGCUUAUCAGCAAGAGAUCCCAGAAACUCAGGGCUGUCCCUGGUCAAGAGGGGUCAUUGAAGAUGAUGUCCUAUUCCAGUGCUGGAUUUGCCCCUCCUGCAGGGGACAUGAGCGGGUGGUUUUUCACUGGGCUGGGAGAGUUGGCAGAAGCCAAAGGCAAGGAUGCCGAGCCUGUAAUAGUCCCUAAUGACAUUACAGGGAUUUGCAGAGGGGAUUUGCCAUUGCAGAUCAGUCCACUGGUCCUCAGGGCCUGGCCGACCGGCUGGAGAAGCGGCUGGUACCUUGAUGUGUUGGGAGGGAGACAGAAAUCCUCCUUCAGUUAUGCCAGCCUGGACGGUCCAGUAAUUCCUUCCACAGUCCUUGGUGCACACGGCUUACACCCUGGAGAAGGAGAUUUGAUUACCCUCUUCGUCUUAAAAGGUUAAUGCCUCCAGAUGAGGGUGAGGAGGCCUGACUAAAUCCUAUCUUAGCCCCAAACUGAGUGAAAGCCUUUUAUCAUUGUUCUGCCUUGCCCUCCCCUCUUCCUUUCCCUCCCACCCUUAAGAGUUGGCUGCGUUGCUGCAGAUGUGAGGUUAGUGCAGCCUUGGCCAACCUGGUGGCUUCCAGAUGUUUUGACAGGCUAUUUUGGACUCCAAUCACCAGCUAGCACAGCCCUUUUGAACCACAGAUCCCGUCAGCCCUAGUCAAGACAGCCCCUGCCAUUGCUUCUGCAUAUCUUUCGGCCCCUAACUCCACCACUACUGCAAAGACAGUGAAGAAAUAAGUUGCUGGUUGGGGAAGUCUGUUCAGCAGCCUCUAACAGUGGAAGGUCUGCUUAGGGGUGGUGUUGGCAUGGUAAUGAGAUCCCCUAAACUGGUGGCUAGGGGAGUUCAGUAUCUGUUCUAAGGUUGCACUCUCAGAAGAAUAGAUCAGGAUUUCAUGACAUCUGUGGCAAAUGAUGAGUCUAUUUCAGGCCCUGCCUGGUACCAGGACUUGUGCUGGAUCUGUGUGUGUUUGUUCUGGAUGGAAAGAUGGUGAUCUAGGUAGACACUUUGCUACCUGGUGAGGUUUAGGCUUACUGAAGUUCUUAAUCUCUUCUGGGGUAGGUGAGGAAGGUGUCUGUCUUUGGAUGUGAUGGAUCUAGGAAACACCCUAGAGAGGUCCAAUCUGACCACAGUGAUGUCUCAAAUGGGAUCAGGCAUCCUUUUCCAAUCUUGUACCCUCCUGGUGUUGUUGGACUACAACUCCCACCAUUCUUGAUUACUGGCCCUUCUUGACACCCAGUUGUGAAAGGUUGGAUUACUACAAUGUGCUCUCUGUAAAAGGUAAAGGACCCCUGGACCUGGACCGUUAAGUCCAGUCAAAGGUGACUAUGGGGUGCGGUGCUCAUCUUGGCAUUUUUCCACAGACAGCUUUUCUGCGUCAUGUGGCCAGCAUGACUAAACCGCUACUGGCUCAUGGAGGAUCAUGACAAGUGCCAGAGCGCACGGAAACACUGUUUACCUUCCCACCGCAGCAGUACCUAUUUUUCUACUUGCACCGGUAUGCCUUCAAACUGCUAGGUAGGCAGAAGCUGGGACAGAACAAUGGGAGCUCACCACCGUUAUGCGGAUUUGAACCACCAACCUAAGAAUUGGCAAGCCAAAGAGGCUCGGUGGUUUAGACCACAGCACCACCCGUGUUUUACCUGCUUUCUGUAGGGCUGCCCCUGAAAAGUGUCUGGAAACUUUGGCUGGUCCAGAAUGCAGCAGCUAAAAGUGUUCUGGGGCUAGUAAUGCUUUAGAAUACCAGAAUGCUGAAAACGGCAGGCCCUGCUUGCUAGUGUCCCACAGGCAUCUCGUUGGUCACUAUGAGGACAGGAUGCUAGACUAGAUGGGCCAUUGGCCUUAUGCUCUUAGAAGAGAAGAAGAAGAGAAGAGUUUGGAUUUGAUAUCCCGCUUUAUCACUACCCGAAGGAGUCUCAAAGCGGCUAACAUUCUCCUUUCCCUUCCUCCCCCACAACAAACACUCUGUGAGGUGAGUGGGGCUGAGAGACUUCAGAGAAGUGUGACUGGCCCAAGGUCACCCAGCAGCUGCAUGUGGAGGAGCGGGGAAUCGAACCCGGUUCACCAGAUGAGGAGUCUACCGCUCUUAACCACUCUUAACCACUACACCACACUGGCUCUCUUAGUGAAUGUGCAGUAAAUAGCUGGUGCCACCUAACCUCCUUAGCGAACAUAUUUGGAUGAAUGCUCAAUAAACAUGUUGUCUAGAAGUGACCAGGGCUUAAUUCCUUCUUAUAAUAAAUUUCAUAAUGAAAGACAGGAAAAAAGGGCUCUCUGGGUUAGGAGUUCCACACAGCCAACUGGAGACCCCCUCUUCUUUCUCCAGUCUUCAAGAGGGAGUGCGCGGUUGCUUGUGGUCUGAACAGGUUGUGUGCCAGCUGCCUUUUGACAGCUGAAGAAAUGAAACUGGAGGAAGCCUGUGGUUUAAUGGGGGAAGGGAGAGAUGAACCCUAGGAGGGGAGGUGGGGGCUGCAGAAUAGAAAAGAACCAUAAUUACCUCUGUGCCAAGAAACCUCGCAAACAAUGGCAGCAUACGGAGUUUGGAAGCCUGACAAGCUCGGUGUUUCCAUAGCAUCCUGGCAGUGAAGAGGCUGAGUUGUGAAUCAGGAGGUCCCUACUUCAAAUCUUGCCUCUGCCAGGAACUCGCAUGGAGGGUGGCUUUGUUAAGCUGUUCUCCCUCAGCGCUCCCCUGCCCACAAUAUGGGAGACUGACACUCCCCUACUUCAUGGGGUUGUUGUGAGGAUUUCAGAAAUUCAUCACUGAAUUUUUUAUUUAUUUUCUAUUGCUUCUGACAAGGUUUUAGUCUUCUGGGUGGCCAGCCUGUAGCAAUCUUGCUUCAAGGGGGUGGAGGGGAGUAGCCAGUAGUUUUCACAUUCCUUUGGAGGAGUCAGUGUGCCUCUGCUGUGCUGAGUUAACAUAACAUCUUUUUUAUUAUUAUUAAAAUAUUUAUAUACCACUGUAUCAAAAAAAAAAUUAUCACAGCAGUUUACAAAAAUAUAAAUAUGCAAAACCAAACAAAUAGCAAAAUAAAAGUUAAAAAAACAAGUUAAAGGCAAAAAGUAAUUUAAAGGGCCAUUGUGGGGGAUGUACUCUUAAGCACCUGCAUAAGCCCGGAGGAAUAGAAAACCUUUCAGCAGGCGCUUAAAAGUUGGGAUUUAAAAGUUUGUUAUUUUUGGAAAAUUAAUAAAAUAUUAUUAUAAAAAAAAAAAAAAAGUUGGUGCCGCCGUGAAUCUCUUAUCGGUUGAGUGUUCCACAGCACUGGGCCAGUGAGAUUAAAGGCUGUUUGUUGUCAAAUGAGCGCCACCAACACAGGAAGAGCCUGGCGGAUCAGGCCAAUGUCUCUUCUAGUUCUCACAGGGGCUGACCAGGUGCCCGUGGGAAACCCGCAAGCAGGACCUGAGCACAAGAGCCAUCUCUCCUCCUGUGGUUUCAGCAAAUGGAAGCAUUAUUGCCUCUGAUCGAGGAGGCAGAGCAUAGCAAUCAUGGCUAGUAGCCAUUGAUAUUCUCUUCCAUAAGUUUGUCCAAUCCUUUCUCAAAGCCAUCCAAGUCUGUGACUAUCACUGCUUCCUGUGGGAGCAAGUUCCAUAAUUUAACUGUGCGCUGCAUGAAGAAAUACGUUCCUUUAUCUGUCCUGAAUCCUGAGUUGCAGGGAGGGGAGUAGAGAAGUCCUCUAUCCAUUCCCUUCUGUUCUUGCAGUGAUGGAGUUUUGAGAUAUUCCUGGUUGGGGUGGUUUUUUCAGGGUUUAUCUGUGCAAAUGUGUGCACAUGAACCCUGCAGAAGAAGGCGGGAAUGAACUGAAAGAAAAGAAGGUUGUGUUGAAAAGUUCCUAAGUGGUGCUCAGGGCAAAUAUGAGGAAGGGAGAACAAAAUUGAUUUUUUUUAAAAAAAUUAAAUUUAUUCAAAUAAACAGCACAGUACCACAUGUGUAUGAAAUAUUGAUAGAAAUACAUAGAUGUAUAAAUUGCAUGAAUAAAUACACCAUCAUUAAAUAUUGAUAGAAAUGAAAAGCUGUUGGGUUGUAUCCAGCUCAGACAGACUCAGAGGUGACCUAUUGAAAUCAAUGGACUUGAGUUAUUCAUGAUUGACUUAAGUCCAUUUGAUGUCAACAGACCUGCUCUGAACACUCCCCAUUAUUUACAACAAGGAUAAACUUUUCUAUUGAGAAGUAUCUAAAUUAUUUCUAAAAUAUCAAAGGGUUUUGUGGCACCGUUAAAAAAAGGCUAGAAAAUUUUAUUGUGGCCAAAGCCAGCCUUCACCAACUUGGCACCCUCCAGAUAUUUUGGACUACAACUCCCAUCAUCUGGGGCUGGAAGGGACUUGUAGUCCAAAAUAUCUGGAGGGCACCAGGUUGGCUAAGGCUGGCAUAAGGUGUUGUAGAUUAGAGUGGACCAGUGCCUUAAUAAAAUCUUACAUAUGGUGCAAUGUCCUUUGCAUCAACAAACCAAACAGUACGCUGCCUCUUUAGAAUGUAUAGAAAUCUGGGUGUAGUCUUCAGAACAACAAUAAAUGGAAGUCAGUCAUUCUUAACCUUUUUGUUUGUUUUUGUCUUCAGUCUCUCAGCUGUAUAAAUGCUGUUUCCCCCAUCUUAGCCAACUACUCUCAGUUUAAGUAGGGCUGGAGAGAGACCCGUCUACUUCCGAGCCACCAAAAUAUUUUAACAGGCAAUCUCUCAUCACAGGGAGCUCUGGGCAUUGUGGCUCUGAGAGGGGAAUAAGGCGUCUCAGCUCCUUUGACAAACCACAACCCCCAGGAUUCCUCGGGGGAAGUCAUGACUGUUUAAAAUGGUAUGAUACUGCUUUAAAUGUGUAGUGCAGACGGGGCCUAACUCAGCAGCUGCUUUGUACGAAAGGGUUGGCUGGGCCCCCAUGAGUGAAUGAGAACACUACCAUUUUGCCUUAAGGAGAAUGCUGCCAAGGCAUGUGCAGAUCUACAGAUAGCAACUCGGAUUGAUCAUGGAGAGAAACCAGAACACAGGGCCUGUUGGAGCCUAUGGAGAAGUCAGCCGAUUUUGCAUGCAGAUAAGACACUGAGCAAUGGAGGAUCGCCAUCUCUCAUUUUUAAAAUAUUUCUCUCAUGCUGGUCUAAGUACUUCUCCAAAAGGAGAUGUGAGUUUUCAUUUUUUAGCAAAAGGUCUUCAGAGCAAUGCAGAGUACGUCCAGCUCCUCUCUUUUGGAAGGGGUGAGGGACAAACUGACGGAGAGAGUGCCUCUGAGCACGUAUAAAGUGCUCCUUCUACAGGGCUGACCUUACCAUUAGGCAGUGAGGUGCUUUUUUUGUGAGGAGGGGGUAGAAUAAUUUUUAUUUCAUUUUAUAUCGUAUAUAAAACAGAGAGAGCAGUUACAACAGCAGGUGAAAAUUAAAAGAUGAAAAACAAAACUAUAAAAUAGUCACAUAGAAUACGCACAUGGGUUAAAAAUAACAAAGUCCAAGUAAAGAAUAUCAGCGUUAUCUGAUCAUCAAGUUUAGUUCCAGAUUUGCCAGGCUUGUGACGAGGGUUGCAUUGAAAAUGAUGGCUCCAUUGUAUAUAUGACAGUGAGGCCAUGAAAGGGCAGCAAAUUGUUGUUUAUGUAAUUUAUUGCAUUUUUACUCCUGGGGAGAGGCACUUGUGUGAUUUUCUGCCCCGAGUGCCAAGAUAUAUUGGCCAGCCUUGAGUAUUACGCACCUUGACUUGGCAGGGUCGGGGAGACGGUACACAGGGGAUAUUUGGAUGGGGGCACCAAAUGUCUUCCUCAAGUCCUGCCCAUGUCUGAAAGAGCAGCAACUGUUAGCCAAGAUAAAUGAAUAGUACUUCCAUGUACAUUGGUACCUCAGGCUAAGUACUUAAUUCGUUCCGGAGGUCUGUACUUAAUCUGAAAUUGUACUUAACCUGAAGCACCACUUUAGCUCAUGGGGCCUCCUGCUGCUGCCGUACCGCCAGAGCACGAUUUCUGUUCUCUUCCUGAAGCAAAGUACUUAACCUGAAGCAUUAUUUCUGGGUUAGCAGAGUCUGUAACCUGAAGUGUAUGUAACCUGAGGUACCACUGUACUGAAGAAGUAUAUCCUGAAAACCAGGCAUGGAGGUAAGCAGAGAAACGGCAUUCAGAGGUGCUGCCUGGACUAGAUACAACCUCACCAAGGACUGAACAGAUUUUAGGCCAGGGAGGUCUCUCUCCAUGGCAGUUUGCUACCUUUAAGUGGAACACCCAGAUUUAGGACCAGUGUACCUCAAGAUGUCAGGGACAAACACAAGGGAUUAUCACUUCCCUGUCCUCCUGGAAGUACCUGUGUGGAGUGGGUUGCUAGAAAAGAUGGACCUGACCCAACAUAACUCUGGGCCUUGUACAGAGACAGGCCAUUGGCCCAUUUAGCUCAGUAUUGUUUACACUGACUGGCAGUGUCUCUCCAGGGUUUCAGACAGAGACUCUUUCCCAGCCUCACUUGGACAGACCAAGGAUUGAACCUGGGACCUGGUGCAUGCAAAGCACAUGCUCUAAUACAGUAGUACCUCAGGUUAAGAACUUAAUUCGUUCCAGAGGUCCGUUCUUAACCUGAAACUGUUCUUAACCUGAAGCACCACUUUAGCUAAUGGGGCCUCCUGCUGCUGCUGCGCCGCCGGAGCACGAUUUCUGUUCUCAUCCUGAAGCAAAGUUCUUAACCCGAGGUAAUAUUUCUGGGUUAGCGAAGUCUGUAACCUGAAGCGUUUGUAACCUGAAGCAUAUGUAACCUGAGGUACCACUGUACUGAGAUACAACUCUUCUCCAGAGGCUGCUCUUAUUAAGGGUUCAAUGUUUUGCACUAACCAAACUCCUAAAGAGAGGAUUGCCCAAACAGUUAAUUUUUAUUUUCGAUUCUUUUUUGCGAGUAACUGCUAGGAAAGAUGGGCUGGUAACAUUCCAGCAGUUUGGCGUCUCUGGAGGGGGCAGCUUAUAGAUGGACAGGAAAGGUCCAGAAGGGAGAGACAGGAAAAGGCAGGCAAGAGAGAUUUGAUGUGCAGCAUUAACUAGUCUGCAGCAAAGCCUUCCAGAUGUUUUGGGCUACAACUCCCAUUGCCCGCAGCUUAAAGGGAGUUGUUGUCCAAAACAUCUGGAGGGGCAUUAGGUUAUAUAAGAGCACAAGAAGAGCCAGCUGGGUCAGGCCAAUGACCUAUCUAGUCCAGCACCCUGUUCUCAUGGUGGCCACCUAGAUGAUGCCCGCGGGAGACCCCAAGCAGGACCCCAGCACAACAGCCCUAUCCUAUCCCAUGUGUUUCCCAGCAACUGGUAUUCAGAAGUAUUGCUGCCUCCUGCUGUGGAGGCAGAGCAUAGCCCUUGUGGCUGGUAGCUACUGACAGGCUUCAUGAGUCAGGCUUUUCUGAUGUCGGAUGAGAUAAGCAAGAGAGAGAUAAGCAGGGCUGGUGAAGUAGUGAGUGCCACUCUGGUGCCCUUUGGACUGAGAAGCACCUCACCUCCACCCCCUGGUUCUCUGUGGAACCACUUGGCAACUACAGUGGAACCACUUUAUCCCCCUCUCUUGCCAGGGAGCCAGAUGGGCAAAUAGCAAGAGGCCGCUCGGCUUAACGGGCAACCUACAGUCUGCAGCCGAAACCUCCUUCAUAACGCCGCCUGCCUAAGCAGCCUUGCCUGUCUGUCGGCACAGGCUGGCGAAAGAGGAGGAGGAGGUCAGAGCUGGCCGCUGACCCCUGCCUUGAUUCUGAAAUGAAGUGAUUCGCUUGACGCGGAGCAGGCCAGAGACCCUGGCAACGUGACUGCUGCUGGCUCUGAGGCAGCGAGCCCAGAAGACAAAGUAUGGGGCGGCUUAGCCACCUCACGUGGCGGGGAACAGCUGUGUCGUGUGCCAUCUUUGCGCUCUGAAGGGGUGAGGCGAUUAGAGCCCAAUCUUGUUAGGAGAGAGAGGGAGGGAGGGAGGUGGGGCCUGGGCUGCUUCUGGCAGAAUGCAGAAAGAGAGGCAUUCGCAGACCUGGGCCCUGCUUUCCUAGCUUGCCCCCUCCCUUGCAAAAACAAGCAAAAACAAAAACCAGCCUGUUAUUUUUGCCUGUGGGAUUGUGGUGAACCUCCUAAGGGCUUGGCCUCUUUUGCAAAGCUGCUUCAUGCUCCAGCUUUAAUAGCAUCUCUGAAAAACAAUGUACACCACCUUGAGCUCCUUGGAGAAAAUGGGGUAUCCAGUGUUAGAAACUCAGAUAUUUAAGCUAGGCGACAAAUGGCUCCUUAAACCAGGGUUACCGUCAGCAAAACGGGAUGCCAUUUUUGCAUCAGACAGCUUGAAAGUCACAUUUUUCAAUACGACUUUUGACUUCCUGAAAUUCAUUCUGAUUGUGCAGAUCAAAUGUAACAGGAUGUGUUGCUAGUAUGUGAAAACAGGCAAGACCCAAGGAUCCCCAGGCAUGCACCUCCAUGUGGCAGAGACGUCAGGCACUGUCUUGGCACCCGGGUGUCUUCUCUAGGUCGCAAGCAGCCGAUAGCCAGGUGCAAAAUGUGCCAGGCGAAUUUCAAACGCUGGGUAUACCUGUAAUAAAUAAAAUAAGAGGAUCCAGGCUGGUGGACCAGACAAAAGACCCAUCUAGCCCAGCAUCUGGUUCUUGCAAAGGUCAACCAAGGUGUCCUAGUAGGAAGCCACUAAGCAGGACAUGGGUGCAACUGUGCUGUCCUCAGCUGCAGGCCCCAGCUGCUCGUGUUCAGAAGCAGACCACCUGCAAUAAUGGAGAACAUAGCCAUUGUGACUAGUAGCCAUUAAUAGCCUUAUCCUCCAUUAAUUUCCUCUGGGAAGCACUCCAGGUUGGUGGUUGUUGCUGCCUCUUGUGGCAGUGAAUCCCAGGGUUUAACUACAGGCUCCAGAAUAUUUGGAUACACAGCCACUUUAGAGCACUACACUGGAUUCUAGUACUAUGCGAGAGUGAGGAAACCUUUUCCUCCAUGUCUAAUUUUAUACACCUCUGCUAUAACCCCCCUUCAACCCACUUUUUUUUUCUGUAGCAGGGUUUUGUUUUUUAAAAAUAUUUUUCCCCAUUGUAUAAUGUAUAUAAAAGAGAGAGAACAGUAGCAGCAAUAGAUGAAAAUUAAAAGACGAAAAACAAAACUUUAAAAUAGGCACUUAAAAAAUAAGUACAGUUACAGAUGGUUUAAAGUAACAACAAAAAAUCUAAGUCAUAGAAGAAAGAAGCAAGAUUAAAUGUCUUCACAAAAAGAAAGAGCAUUUGAUUAUCAAGUACAGAUUUGCUAGACUUGUGACAAGGGUUCUCCCGCUUUAUACGCAGUAAAGGAAUGCCAAAUCAUAUUAAAAGUUUCUGGAGGUUCUCAUCCUUGUCAAAAUCUCAAAUUAUUUGCCAUUUUUUCCAUUAUAGCUGUAUUCCAGAGUGAGUGGUACCGAAAAGUUCAGUGUAAGAUUUUUUGGCUGUUUCCCACUGAGUUGCAAUUACUAUUUGAGCUGCCACGGUCAUAUACAAGACCAAUUCUUUGGACAAGCAGGGAAUUAAUUCCUUGGACCUUUAGGUUGUUUUCUCUGCUUCUCUCUUUGCUUCUCCUCUCCCUUCGCCCCACCUUGACACACAGGCAGAGAGCCUGGUAAGGAGUGAAUCCUCUGAGGCGUCUCAGGUUUCAGCUUGCCUGCCCUCUGCAGUGGCGUGUUCAGGGGCAUCCUGUCAUGGAUCAAGUGGCUUCAUCAGGAGAGAAGGGCAGCCAAGCCUGUCUCCAUUUGUCAGGAGCCAAAGCGGGAGGCAGGAUCCGUCCAGUUGAGAACGGGUGGGGAGGUGACAUUGCCAAAGGACAGCACUGGGAAGGGUGGCCCCCCUCUGCAUGUGAUGGGCAAUAAGGGAAAAUUCACAGGCAGGGUUAGAGAAGCGUCUGGGACGGAGCUUUAAUCUGACUGUUUAACCCAGGGGCCAGCAAACUAUUUCAGCAGGGGGCCAGUCCACUGUCCCUCAGACCUUGUGGGGGGGGGGCGGACUAUAUUUUUUGGGGGGAAAUGAACAUAUUCCUAUGCCCCACAAAUAACCCAGAAAUGCAUUUUAAAUAAAAGGAGACUCACGUAAAAACACGCUGAUUCCUGGACCAUCCACAGGCCGGAUUUAGAAGGUGAUUGGGCCGGAUCCAGCGCCCAGGCCUUAGUUUGCCUACUUGUGGUUUAACCACUUUCAGGGGGAGUGGGAGGCUCUGGGUGGGUCUUACAAGGGAUUCACCAGGACUGCGUCUUGCCAGUUCCACCCAGAAUGCUUCUGGACAUGGGAUCAGGUGACUCAAGACAACCAGUCUUAUUCUGCUGCUUGGAUGAACAAAUAUUGUCAAUUUCAGUUUCUCUCAUUUUUCCAUUUCCAAAAUCAACUUCCUUUUUUUUUUUUUAAGGCCUCAGCAUUUUUGUGUGCAUUUCACCUAAUAUACACAUUUGUGCAUGCAAUUUUGCCUAAAAUGCACAUUUUAUGCAAGUAAUUCCCACUGUUAUAUUGUCUCUCAGUCUAACCUACCGCACGUUGUUGUUGUUGUUGUGAAUAGAAGAAGAGCCUGCUGUGUGUCCACCUCAAAGGUCCUGCAGGUGCAAAGAGCAUUAGAGGUGGUUUGUCUAUAACUGUCACAGUACUGCCACAAGCACAAAUAAUCAAGAAUGCACAAUUAAAAGAAUUUGGGAGACAGGGGUGCCCAGUGUUUUCAGUCAUUGUAUUGGGUAACGUUAUUGAAACUAAGCUGUAUGGACUGUUCCACUUUGACCUGCAAGCUGGGGAUUAGACAUGUCUCUUCUCCCGCCCUCGCCCCCAAAGAAACCCUCAAACCAAAACCUCCUCUGCAUGGUGCAAGCUAGCAUAUAUGGGGAAAGUGUUCAUCUGAGCCUUCUUCUUUGAUAGUCCAUGUUAGUUGUUCCCAAACCUUUUGGAGCCUCCUCCUCCUAGGUUCCAUAAACUCAUCCCCAGUGCCCCCUACCUUACCCUAUUAAAAACAUUAUCCACUAUAACGGCUUGCAUGGUCCCCUAAGGAAGAUAACACUGCAAUAAAAUUCAAAACAGUAACAAUGCAUUGCACGUUUAUUCAAAAUCCAAUUAAAACUAUUUAGUUUAAUUAAUUCAACACAACUGACAAACUUGAGCCAGUGAUACCAGCUCUUUAAAGUCUCUUAGCACCCCCUUAGGGAAUCCCAGCCCCAGCUCCCCUCCCCCACCCCAUGGUACUGCCCAGUUUGGAAGACUCUGGUCUUUGUGAGAAGAGGAGCCUGUAUGUCUGUGAGCAUACCAUCUCCGCUGCCUCCCAUCCUGAAGUGGGACUGCCUGGCUUUAACACUUGAUUUGCUGCUAGUUUGGUUUCAGCCUCUGCAAUGUGGAGCAGGAGACUGGCCCACCUGCUUUCUCUGGUUGCUCGUGCGUGCCGUAUCUUUCACUCUUCUCCUAUCAACCAAAUUCUUUGAGAUCCUCAGCAGGCAGAUGCUACGAAAACACACAGGCUGUUCUCACUAUUGGAAGCCACGUAGCCCGGAAUCAAAGGGAAAAUAAAUUUCACCCGAGUCCCCAGCUGAGCUUCCAUCUGUCUCCUCCUCAGCACUACAGAAUCUCUCCCCUCCUCUCUUCCUCCCCUUCCCCCACUCUGCAGACUCCAUUGCCUUGGAGUUCACAGAAGUACCAGGGCCUCUCUUUUACACUCCAAAAGCAGCAUCUACAUGCAGCAGACAGCUGGGCCCAUAGGACUGGAAGAAAUGUCAUGCAUACUGUCUUUUGAGGGUGGGUUCUUGGGUGUCAGGACUCAAGCAGCCCUGGCUGCCCCAAUGAAUCCCAAAUUCAUCCCUGCAGCAAGUUAUGGUGCUGGUUUUCCACAGGCAUCUGUUUGACCACUGUGAAGAAUAGGAGGCUGGAUAAGAUGGGCCAUCAACCUGAUCCAGCAAGCUCUUCUUACGUUCCAUACAUUCAGGAUGUGAAUGCAGCAAGGCUGCUUGAGUGGGAGUCACGAGGAGUGAAGCGAGGCUGUGCUCUGGCUCCCACUCUUUUUAACUUUAAUAUUGAUGAUUUGGCACCAUAUUUAGCCAAUGCAAUCUCCCCUUCUCCAGUAAUUAGGAACAGAAAUAUUUCAACCUUUAUAUAUGCAGAUGAUUUAGUGCUUCUCUUUCUUUCCUGAUUGGGCCUCAAAAAUCUCUUAGAAGUGUUCAGCACAUACUGUAAACAGGAAAGCCUAUCUAUAUAUUACUCUAAGAUUGUGAAUUUUGGCAGACCCAGUCCUAGGUGUAUAUGGUGCUUGGAUCAUCAGGCUAUUGAACAAAUUCACUCAUUUACCGGUAGAUACUUGGGUGUACUUUUUAAUGCAGAGCUUGCCAAACUUUCCUGUUGGUGACACACUUUUAAACAUGCAUCAUUUUGCAACACAGUAAUUCAAUUUUACUAGCAAACUGGUGGUUAAACUAACCCCUUUCCAGCUGCCGGAGGAGCACAGGGAGCAUUCUCACGACACACCUACACACCUCAGCCGACACACUAAUGUGUCGUAACAUACAGUUCGGAGGCAGUCAAAGUCAAAGCAUAGAAAACCAUAGGGGCAUUGAUGAAGUUCUGUUACAGUAGGGGAGGGCAGCAGGUUGAACCUGCCCUAAAAAUAUUUGGUAGCAGAGUGUUUUUCCAGAUGCUAGUAUAUGUUGUUGAAAUCUGGGGCUCUGAUUCAAAUUCCAUUCAAAUUUUAGAAACCGCAGAAUACUUUUUUUCAGAAGCUAUCCUCUCAACCAUCAAGAAUUUCAGUAGCUCUUCUUUGUACAGAAUCCAGGUGGCCAACAACUGAGACAAGAGUGGGCUGUGCUCAGUUAAAGUAUACAGUAUUUUAAAAAUUGCUAUGAUGCCUAUUGAGCAUUUUCCUGCUCUGUGCUAUAUGGAAUUGGAUGAAAACCAACUCUGGAAAGCAGCUUGUCAAGAUGUUUUAGCCUAUUAUUAUUUUCCAGAAAUGAGUUCUGCUUUGACCUUGAGUAAGUGUCAACUAAGGGAUUGGCUCUUCUGUAUAGAAUCCAGAAAGGACCUGCAACUAAUUAAAAACACCAGAUUUCCCCCUUUGAAUCCACUCUUGAGAACAGAGUAUUUUAGAGCUAGUUAUCUGACCUAACUCUCACCAGCUUCCUUAAGAAACGCCUUUAUUGAGCUGCGUUUCCAGGUGACGGUUUGGUUUCUUUUGAGUGACAAUAAUAGUUUUGUAACACAGAGUGGCCCUCUAUGCACUGGCUGCAAAAAUCAAUCAAUCAAUCAGGAAAAAUGAGUUAGAUAAAAUCACUAUAAAUUUUUGUGGUGAUUUGGAGGUUUAAUUUGAAAUCGAGCUAGAUACGAGUUUGUUGGUGUCUCUGGUAACCUCUUACAUCAUGGAAGUUGGCUCAUAUUAUGGAUGUAUUUUUUAUUGGUAUUGUUGCUGGUUUGUCGUGCAAGGCUUUUGGCUAGAACGAUAAACUUUGAUUGGUUGAUACUUGAGCGGGGUUUGAAGAUGGUUGGGGGGGGCAUUUGCAACCCAGAUUUUUACCCUCAAGGUGUCUGUGUAGGCCUUAACAUUAAAGGUAAAGGUAAAGGGACCCUUGACCAUUAGGUCCAGUUGUGGCCGACUCUGGGGUUGCGGCGCUCAUCUCGCUUUAUUGGCCAAGGGAGCCGGCGUACAGCUUCUGGGUCAUGUGGCCAGCAUGACUAAGCCACUUCUGGUGAACCAGAGCAGCGCAUGGAAACACCGUUUACCUUCCCGCCAGAGCGGUACCUAUUUAUCUACUUGCACUUUGAUGUGCUUUCGACUGCUAGGUUGGCAGGAGCAGGGACCGAGCAACGGGAGCUCACCCCAUCACGGGGAUUUGAACCGCCGACCUUCUGAUCGGCAAGUCCUAGGCUCUGUGGUUUAACCCACAGCGCCACCCGCGUCCCUUCAGGCCUUAACAUUGCAUUACCUUAAAAACACACACACACAAAGAUUUUGGCACAGGAGCAAGCCCCCAGUGUUCAUGGCUGUGUAUGAGUAAUGCUCCUGCUGAUUAAUAUGUUUGUGUGUUGCCUCUGGAUUGGCUUUCCCCAACCUGGUGAGCUUCAGAUGCCUUGCACUACCACUCCCAGACAGACAGCUGUAUGAUGGUACAGAUGUUGAUAGCAUGAUUCUGCUGGCUGGGGCUAAUGUGAGUGCUGAUCCAAAAUGUCUUAAGGGCAGCAGUUUGGGGGAGGCUUUUCUAGAGACUAAAGUUGCCACCUCUUUUUUUGUAUUCUGUUUUCAACAGCUGCAUACCAGGCAGGGAUUCAACUGGCAUAGAUUUCCCAGGCUUGAAAAGCUCAGUGGUGGGUAAAUCUUAAUAUGUCCUUCUGACUAUCAGGGCAGCUGCUCCAAAGCAUUAUGGCCCCUCAGAGAAAGGCAGUGUGGCAACGUAGGGGACACCCUCAGGGGCUAGUGUCCUUUGGAACUCCCUGCCUAUUGAUACCAGACAGGUGUCUCCACUGUACUCUUUUUGGCACCUGCUAAAAACAUGUAGCCCACCCAAAUAUGUGGAAUGUUGACAGCUGUUUAAAUCUGGUUUUAAUUAUUUUUCAGAAUAGCUAUUUUAAAAAUAAUUUUACUAGUUUAUUCUUUUCGUAAACCACAUUGAGUGUCCCGUCCCCCCUAUAAUCAGGCAGUAUAUAGAUUUUUUGAAAUUAAAUAAGUCGUGUCCCAGUUACAGGAAAUGUAAGUGUUCUUUAAAGAACUCCCCAAUGAGGGCAGGCUUGCAAGUACAGCAAAGUCUGAACAAACCAACAUCUAAAGUUGAAAAUCAGUCUAGGUCCAAGCAGGGAGUUAAGGUUAAGUACAGCCUAGCAAGACGGAGGAAUUAGAAUUGGGAACUAGGCGCCAGAGAACAAGAAGCCAGAGAGACCUGUGUUGCUUCCAGCAUCUGGACGCCUCAGGGGGGAGGCCUUAUUUACUCUGGCAUCCUAACCCAGACCCUUACCACAGUUGCUGAUAAUGAAGGAGUAUUAGGGAUUGGUUGCUUGUGGAUGGCCCCUUGCUUGCGAGUAGACCAACAGCUUGGGUCUUUAUUUUAUUUAUUAUUGCAUUGAUAUCUAACCUUUUCUCCAUAGAGCUCAAGGCGGCGUACAAACUUAGCCCCCUCACCAUUUUAUCCUCAGAACAACCCCUCAGGUAGGCUAGGUUGAGAGGCAGUGACUGGCCCAAAGCCACCCAGUGAGCUUCAUGACUGAGUGGGGAUUUGAGUGCUGGACUCCUAGUACUAGUCCAGCAAUCUACCCAUGACUCUAUCCAUACUGGCAUACAGUGUCAUGGCUCUUUAGCCUGGACCCGAAAUUUUUGGUGCUCUCAAGGACUGGAAGACAGGCAGGCCAUUCCACCUCCCCCUGCUGAUCACUUCCUGCUGGCGCUCGUCCACAAUCACCUUGCCUUCCAGGUCCCAUAUCCCAUGGUACCACCCUCAGCAUUGGAUUCAGGAUCAUUGGUCAGUGGGAUAUCUGGGUCGUCUCCUUUGGACUCCCUGCCUGGGACAAAGUCACGUGGGACAGUCCUUUUCAUUGUUCCAGCAGCAGUAAAAUGAAACAAAACAAGGGAGCCUUGAUGGGGCUUCCCAAAUGUAAUUUCUAGGCUUUAUUGAAGGGAGAUUCAUUUGCAUAAAGCUUUAGCACUGUACUUUAGUCAAACACCUUUGAAAUAAUCCUGUUACGACUACAUGUACAGUAUGUGCGUUGAUAAAGAUCACACUGAAACAAUUUUGAUGCAGCUGGCCUACCACAUAUAAAAAGAUUGCUUCCCCCGCCCUUUUCGUAGUGUUCUUCAGUGCGUUGUUAAUGUGGAGAUGAAAAGACUUGAAAGAAUUCAAAGCUGCAGCAAGCUGCCCACGCACCACACCUCAAGAAAUAAAGGUAUAAAAUAUAGGUAUGAAACAGAGAAUUCCUAAUGCAUCAGUUCCGCUUCCGAAUCACCUAGGGUGUAAGUGGGGAUAUUGCGUACGUCUUCCUGAUUAUAAUGCUAGUGUUUUCUAAUGUUAGUUUUGCACAGUUGUACCUGCUGUUUGACGGAACUGUGGCUGUUUGACCUAUAAUAUACCAGCAUGUCACGCUAAAUUUCAUUCACACCAUUGGGUGUGAAGUGACACAAGAACCAACAUCGGUGGACAAUGUCACUGCUCCCCCACCCCUUCCGCACAUGCCUGAUUCUGUUCCCCCAUGAAAACAACACGACAUAAAUAUAUAUGCUGGUGUACUUCACUCCUUCUAUUUUCUAGGUCAGGGGGACUACAAAUGGACAUUUUCUAGAAUCACAUGACACUGAAAUGAGCACUAAACAUGAACUAUAUUAUGGAAGCGGCUUUUACACUGUGGGAAAGCUCAAAUAUAAUCUGGAAAUUACCAGAUAAGGAAAUGUCAGGGAACUGGAAUAAACUGUUGUGUGUAUGUUGUGUGCCAGUGUGGUGUAGUAGAGUGUUGGGCUAGGAUCUGGAAGACAAGGAUUCAAAUCCCCACUCAGCCAUGAAGCUCACCCAAGGGUGACCUUGGGCCAGUCACUGCCUCUCAGCCUCACCUACCUCACAGGGUGGUUGUGGGGAUUAAAUAAGGAGUGGAGAGCCAUGUACUCCACCUUGACCUCCUUGGAGAUGGGGGGAUAUAAAUGCAAAUAAUAGUAACAAUACAUAAAGUCAGCCAUGGGUUUGUUUUUGACACCAAAACCAGAAAUUUGGCUGAGAGAAAUUGUGGAAGUAUCUCUAUGGCUACCCCCACCCCAAAUAAUUUGUGAUAUCUGCCAUUCAGUUAUGUUGAGCUAUCUGUUGCUAUCUCCCGAUUUGACCCUCCUUGCUUUCUUGACUUGCUUCCCACAGGUGACAUUCACCAAGCGGAAGUUUGGGCUGAUGAAGAAGGCCUAUGAACUGAGCGUCCUUUGCGACUGCGAGAUUGCCCUGAUCAUCUUCAACCACUCAAACAAGCUGUUCCAGUAUGCCAGCACCGACAUGGACAAGGUCCUCCUCAAAUACACAGAGUAUAACGAACCUCACGAGAGCCGGACCAACGCGGAUAUCAUUGAGGUACGACAUGCUGCCCGCAACCUGUGGGUUCUCAGCCUUGUUGAGCUAGCAAAGCAUUUGCCAGUGCAAUACCCCAGUCUGUUGGGAUGGUCUGUCUUUGCUGUUGACAGCUCAGUGUUCUAGCUUUAGGUGGUUUGGUGCCUUCCAGGUGUUUUGGGCAGUUGGAAUCCAAAAUGGCCACACUUGGGAGGACCGGUGGGAGUUGCGUUCCAAAAUGACCCCGCUGGUGGGGGUUGGAGUCUAACAACAUCUGGAGGGCACCAGGCUGGGGAAGGUAUCUCAUUAGUAAGAUCUCAAAGCAGCUGACACUACCAAGGCACAAAAGAUGAAGAUAAUAUAGGAAACUUUCAAUUUACAGGGGGGUUACGUUCCGAGGCAUCACACGCAUCAGUGAAAUUGUGUACAUUUGAAACACCCUCUAAACCACUGGAAACAAUUUUAAAACCCUUUAGAAAACCAGCAGCGCUUGCCAGAUGCCAAACUCUGCCAAACUCCCACCACCUCCUUACUCAAACUCAAAACUCUUCACAGGCCUCAACCAUUGGUGCAAGGGCUCUUAGAAUUGCACUUGCAAAGGCUCCUGGGAUUGCUAGGCGCUGUUUUUGUGCCUUUUUUGCACUUUCUGGGCUCUUAGGGCCUUUUUGCCAUUUUAAAAGUCACUCCUGGGUUUGGCGCAAUGCGCAGAUGCGCAGUCAUGCAUCAGUUGAGAGUUGCCUAUAUCACAUAGCAUAAUGAACUAUUAUAGUAAUAAUACUGUACAGACCAUGUUGUUUUAUGGAUAGUAUCUGGUUCUUAUGGAUAUAGGAAGGGGAAAGCUGUAGCGUCUCAGACAAGUGUUGUAGGUCGAGCACUUGCUUUGUACACAAAAGAUCCCAGUUCAAUCCCCAGCAUCUCCAGGAAGGACUGGUAGCAAAACUAUACAGUGGUUUUUUUGUUCAAGAACAGCUUAGUUGCUGCAAACCCGGAAGUAGGUGUUUUGGUUUGUGAACUUUGCCUUAGAAUAAGAACAUGUUUCGCUUCCUAUUGAGUGUGUUCCAUUUGUAAAUUGAGACCCCUGCUAUGGGAAAGCAUGCCUUGGUUUAAGAACGCUUUGGUUUAAGAACGGACCUCCGGAAUGGAUUAAGUUCCUAAACCAAGGUACUACUGUACUUGAAACACAAGGGUCUGACUAAGGCCACAUUAACACCAUACAGUUUAGGCAGUAUACUACCAGUUUAAACAGUCAUGGCUUCCCCCAAUGAAUUAUGGGAGCUGUAGUUAAGGGAGCUGAGAGUUGUUAGCAGACCUCUAUCGCCCUCAUAGAGCUACAAUUUCCAGAGUGGUGGAACAAUCUCUCUUUCUUCAUAGGGAAGUCUAAGAAUUGUAGCUUUGUGAGGGGAAUAGGGGCCUCCUAACAGCUCUUUAAUAAAUUGCAGCUCCCAGGAUUCUUUGGGGGAAGCCAUGACUGAUUAAAGUGGUAUCACAGAUCUUUAAAAGUACAGUGUGAAUGUGACCUAAGUACAAGGCAGCUUCCUGUGUUCCUGUGUCUGGGGCAGAAACACUUUCAGGGUAAUUGCGGCAGUAGGCCAGAGGUAAAAUGUGAGUCUGAAGUGAGGGCACCCUGCGGCAGAGACUGGCGGGGUCUUAGUCCUCAGCCUCCCAGGUGGCCGCCUGCCUGCCCCCUUCCUGCUGCUUCUCCCCCUCUUUUUUCUCUAACGGAUUUGCAAGCACAAAAGGUUUCGUUCCUGCCUGCGCUACGUUCCAGAGAGUGGGACAGAGCUGAGAUUGGAGCAGUUGCUUUGUCACCUUUCAAUGAAAAACUGUGUGUGGGCAGCUCCCUUUUAUGCUUGGCAAGAUUUAGACAAAUGAACGGUUUGGCUGGGUAAUUAUUGACAUUACAAGUGAGCAGAAAUUAAGGCACGCAAAACCUUUAGUCAUUCAAUUUAUCUGCUUGAGACGGCAUGGAAUAGGACAGCGGUGGAGAGUGUGUAUGUGUGGGGGGCAGGAGUAGACAUUCCAGGGAGGGUCGCCUUUUGGGGGUGCAAGGAGCACAUUUCUUACCAGGUUUGCGCAUAUUUUUGCAGUAAAUACAUUGUUUGUAAUAUAUGUGUGUGCGUGUCCAUUCCUAUAUCUAUAUAUUGCAUUAACAUUGAUUUGCAGCAGAUGGAAUAUAUGAAGAUAAAAAUAAUGGCUAUCAAUUCAAAAUGCUGUUUUUUAACUGAAGUUCUUUUGUCAUACUUUGUGAACCAUGAGGCCUCCUUCUCUGGCAAUUGUCCAGGGGUUUUGACAACCUGGGUUUCCUCAGCCCUGAUGUCGAACCACUGCACCGUACUGCCUAUGCCUUUGUCAGCAGGGAGUGUUGCCCCAUCCCCUGUAGUCAGCUGGAGUCAGGGUGGAUGCCAGCUGCCUCGGCAGGGUGGGCCUCUUUAGACCACAGAGUCUGCUGUUCAAUUCCACUGCUAGCCACCUAGGAUAGAAUAGAUGGGAGGAAGCAAAUGAUACUUGAAUGUCCCAGAGCCCAGCCGUUGUGUCUCAGGGUCUGCUUUGCAUGGGUAAGAUUCCGUGUUUAACCCACAGUGCCUUCAGUUCAAAAGAUCUUGGUUGGCUGGGCUGGGCUGGGCAAGAUCUGAGACGCAUACAUUUUCAGGCUGGAUGGACCACAGCUUUGUAGGCCAGGAGCUGGGAACCCCUUUCAGCCUGUGAAAAGCAGUAUGGGCAGUCUUCCGGGAACCACAUGGCACUGGUGGGUGGGACCAGAGGUGAAAGUGGGUGGAGCAAUGGAGUAUUGAUUAAUUUAUGAAUUGCCUUUUACAUGUCUGCUUCAAGGCGAUUUAUAGAGAAAUUAAAAAUGGUUUUAAAAGUUUUUAAAGCAGCAAAAAAAAGCAGCUUGAAAACAGGUUUUAAAACAGUUCAAAGUGAAUGCCUUUCCACCCAGCUGGAAAAGGUUGUUGAAACAAAAAUGCUUUCAUUUGCUUCUGGGUAAGUACAGAUAGUGUGCAUCUGCCAUAUCUCAACAGGAAUGCUUUUUCACAGGACAAGGGCAGCUGCGCCAAAAGCCCUGCUCGAAGGUGCUGUGUAGUGGGCUUCUGAGAUUUUGGACGUGACUCUUCCCUUGGUACAAUAGGCUGCAUUCCAGCCAUGGAAAAGUUAGGAGGUUUUUGCACACGCAUACACCUACCUCUUUCCUUCAUUCAAGCAGCUUAGAGACAUUAUCACAGCUUAUGUGCACAUACAAGCCAUGCAGAGCAUAAGAAUGUCAGACAAGCCCUGCUGGAUCAGGCCAGUGUCCCAUCUAGUCCAACAUCCUGUUCUCACAGUGGCCAGCCAGGUGCCUGUGGGAAACACUGGAUCAGGAUCCAAGCGCAAGAGCACUGUCCCCUCCUGUGGCUUCCAGCAACUGCUCCUUGGAAGUACUAUUCCCUCCAUCUGUGCACCUAAGGAAGGAGUGGAGCAGGGUUGACGCAGGAACAUGGCCUGGUAGAGGACCACAUUCAGCCCUCAGAUCUGAGAUUCCCGACCUUUGAUGUAUUCCUUUGCCCGGUGGUAUUCACUUCUCUUAGUGUACCAUACUGAACACAUUUGUCUUGGCCCAAAAGCAUCACCAGCACCCGGAAUGGUGUCUCCCUGUCCUCCUCACGGUAUGAACUCUCCAAAUGCUUUGAGUCCUUGGCACUGGGAGGAACCCUCUGUGGUUUACCAUGUGAGGCUGCCUCCAAAGAUGUUAACUGAGGACAAGCUUCUGGGCUCUGAUUUUUCAUGCCAAUUCUUGCACCCUUUGUGAGCCUGACACAGUGAGUCUCACUGGAGUCUGCAGAGCUGAAUCCCACACCUUGCACCUUUCAUGCAAAUGAAACACAUUUGCUCUUAUCUUCAUCCACUGAAGCUGAAUGUCAGAAAAUUCAGGACAGAUAAAAGAAAGCGCUUCUUCACACAGCACAUAGCUCAGCUAUCGAACUUGCUCCCACCGGAGGUAGUGAUGGCCACCAACUUGGAUAGAUUAGACAAAUUCAUGGAGGAUUAAGCUACCAGGGUCUAUUAGCCAUGAUGGCUAUGCUCUGCCUCCAGGUUCAGAAGUGGUAAUGCUUCUGAAUACCAGUUGCUGGAAGCCACAGGAAGGGAGAGUGCUGUUGUGCUCAGGUCCUGCUUGCAGGUUUCCCCCCAGGUAUCUGGGUGGCCAGGGAACAGGAUGCUGGACUAGCUUGGACAUUGGCUAGAUCCAACAGGUUCUUCUCAUGUUUCUGUGUUCAGGUUCAAGGAGCCAAAGACUUGUGUUGUUCCCAAUAACUGGGAGUCUAAAAAAGAAGGCCUUGCAUGGUGUGGCCUCCCAGACCACACUCUAACCACACUCCCUCAGGAGGAUACUCAAUGCUGGUUCUGGGGGACCUUGCCUGCUCCCCAAGGUCCUUGGUUGUGUGUCUCUCCAUGUUGGGUUCAUCCUCUGAGGAGUCCAUCUCCCGUGCUGGGUCAGGGCUAGGCCUGCCAUGAGCAGGCCUCUGGUUCUGUGGUUCUCUUCCCAAAAAUAUCUGACCUACUUUGUCUCCUGUGAUCGUUUUGCCCUUCGCUUCUUAUACGGUUCCCUAUUGCAACCUCCACCGCUGUUUGUCAGCCAAAGGAGGCUCUCAUCUGCCUCACACGCGAGAGGUUGCAGCUGCCGUGAUGUUACACAUAGCUAAUUCUCGGGGCUUUGCUCUUGCCUAUUAUUUUUCCGUUCUGAGAUGUAGGGCCAGUGGAAGGAGGAGGAGAGAGAAGUCCACUGACAAUUAGGGCUUGUGCUCUCCGCACAAAGUGCUAAGCAAAUGGAAGACCGAUUUAAAAAUACAGUGGUACCUCAGGUUACAUACGCUUCAGGUUACAUACGCUUCAGGUUACAGACUCUGCUAACUCAGAAAUAGUACCUCAAGUUAAGAACUUUGCUUCAGGAUGAGAACAGAAAUCGCGCAGCGGCGGUGCAGUGGCAGCAGGUGGCCCCAUUAGCUAAAGUGGUGCUUCAGGUUAAGAACAGUUUCAGGUUAAGAACAGACCUCUCGAACAAUUUAAGUACGUAAACAGAGGUAUCACUGUAAAACAAAUGCCCUGUCCGGAACAUGGGAGAUGAUUGUCCUAUUUCAACUUUUGGUAAAAUGAGAGCAUUGGCUGUUGAAAUACAGGUGGGUGUGCGCUUAGGAGAUUCUAGAGCCACUGUAAUUGUUUACAGUAGCCCUCCCCAGCCUAGUUCAGAUGUUUUGGACUACAACUGCCCAGCCAGUGUUGCCGUGGAGUUUGAAUCCAAAAUGGUUAUGCUUUCUGGGCUGAUGGGAGUUGAUUUGCUUGUAUAUUGUGUUUCUUACAAUAAUUAGACAAAUAUAACAAUCACAAGUAUAAAACAAUAAAAGUGUAAAAACAAAGUAUUAUUAUUAUUAUCAAUGUAUACCCACCUUUCCUCCCAAAGGAGGCCAGGGAGGCGAUAUAAAAAUAAUACAAACUUCUAAAACCAGUUAAGAAUAGUUCCAAAACAGCUGCAGCCUUGGAUGAAGAUCCCCCCUGAAAAGGCUUUUCAAAGGUCUUCAUCAGGCACUGAAAAGAUAACAGAGGAAUUGGAAAGGGUCAGUGUCACCAUUCUAAAAGCCCAAAUUGUACUUCGAAACAUCUGGAGGGCACCAGGUGGGGGAAAGCUGGUUUAGGUGAUUGUUUCUUGGGUUUCUUCUUUACAUGACUGAUUAUCUCAAGACUUAAUGAGUCCUUUGCUGGCUUCAGCUUCUAAUUUGAUUACACCAGUGUUUCUUGACCUUUUCUAAGAUUGCAUCUCCUCCCUCCACCUCAGAGAUCUUUCACAGAUCUUGAAAUGCUGGGGGCCUCCUUGGCUAUACCCACUUGACUCUUCUACCCUUGUGCCACCUCUGAAUCCACUAUCUGGACACUUAAGGCAAGACCAUCCAAUGAUGACUUGCCCAAAGUGCCUGCAGGAACCCUUUCUACAACCCGGUAAGGGAAGCCAGAAUAGAAACAUAAAAAGAGCUCUGUUAGAGCAGAUCAAAGUUCCAGUCUAGUCCAGCACCCUGUCUCUCAGAGAGUCAGACAGAGGAUUCUGGGAUUCUCCCAAAAGCAGGGUGUUAUGGCCAUCCCUUGUGGCUUGUUCCCCAGCACCUGGAAUUCAGUGGUAGACUGCAACGGGACGUGGAAGUUAGCUAUCACGAAUAAUUCUGUCAGCUUAUAUAAGCCUUUUCCUGCAAAGAUCCAAGAUUCUGCUGCUGGGUCAGACCAUCUAGGCCAGCAAACCCUUUGCCAAAGUGGCUAGCAGAUACCUCUUCCAGGAAGCCCACUCACAGGGCAAGAAAGCACCAACCCUCCACCGCAGUCUUUCCCCACCCCACAUCCCUCUGUCAUCAUCCCCUUAUCACAGAUGAGGAUCGUGGCUGAGAGAUUUAUUUAAUCCAUUUAUAUCCUACUUCUCCGCAAGAUUUGAGAUGGUUUGUUUAAGGUCACCCAGUGGAUUCAUGGCUGAGGGGAUUUGACUUCAGCAAAAGCCUGGUGCCAGCAGUAGCCCAGGUCAGGCCCUGGCCUAAGGACCCAGUGGCUCAGAAGGGGCUCCUCAGUGGCCUGGCCUGGCUGUGCUCUCCUCUCUGGGUGCCCCGGACGGCUGUUUUAGCCACAUACUGAAGGUGCCUGGUGGUGACAUAGGGUGAAACAAGUCAACCCCCCACCCCUGUGGUGUGGUGUGAAUCCAGUCAUGGGAUACCAAGGACCCCAGGGGUGCCAGAGCAGUUGCGAGUGCUCAAAGAGCCUCACCAUCCAAGCACUAGAACAUUCUGCAGCCCCUGUUUGUCUAGGAGCUGUUUCCAGCCUGAGGGCUACGUUUCCUCAUGAGCAACCUCCUAGAGGCUUCAUCGGAGUGCUUGGCGUGGCCAAAAGUGGAUGGAGCCACAAAUUUUGCCUUUGGAAAGUAGGCAACGCUUAAGCCACACACAACUCAGAGAAUCCUGCAUACCCCUCUCUCCAUCCAGGCACGUCCAGAGGCAACUUCACAGUGCAAGGACACAUUCCAGCCUGGCAAAAAGCACUUAAGGAAGGGGUCGGACAGCAUCAGGUUAGGGGUGUGGCCUGGGAAGAGACUUGACCUUGGGGAGACUCGCAAGGGCCACAUAGAGAUGCCUGGGAUACGCCACAUUUGGCCCAUAGACCUGAAGUUCACCAACCAUGGUUUAGAGCAGGGUUUCCCAAACUUUGUCUGUUUUUGGACUACAAUUCCCAUCAUCAUUGAUUGCUGAUUCUGCUAGUUGGGAAUGAUGGGAGUCCCAAACGGCUGGAGACCCAAGUUUGGGGAAUCCUGAUUUAGAGUGAUCCUCAUUUCACUUCCUCUCUGUAAGGGAGGAUUGACUGAAAGGUAGAGAUUUGCUAGCUCACGGCUGGGCAGGGAUUUGCAUUUGGGCCUUCCCCAUGCACUGCACAAGCUGUGUAGAGAUGGAAAAGGUUCAGAAGAGGGAAACCAGAAUGAUCAGAGGGAUGGAGCGACUCCCUUAUGAGAAAAGGUUGUAGCGUUUGGGACUUUUUAGUUUAGAGAAAAGGUGAGGUAGAGGCGACAUGGUUGGCGCUUAUAAGAUGAUGCCUGGCAUGGAGAAAACUUACGGACAUCCAAUGAAGCUGAAUGUUGGGAAAUUCUGAACAGAGAAAAGAAAGUACUUCUUCACACAACACGUUGUUAAACUGUGGAACUCCCUGGCACAGGAGGCAGUGAUGGCCACCAACUUGGAUGACUUUAAAAGAGGAAUGGACAAAGUUUUGGAGGCUAAGGCUACUAGCCACAAUGUCUAUGAUCUGCUUCUACAAUCAGAGGCAGUAAUACUUCUGAAUACUAGUUGCUGGAUGCACAAGAGAGGAGAGAGUUCUUCUACUUGGGCCUACUUACAAGUUUGGCCUCUGUGGGAACAGGAUGCUGGACUAGAUGGGCCAUUGACCUGACCCAGCAGGAUUCUUCUGGUGUCCAUAUGGUCUUAUAUCUGUUGCUGCCUUAACAAAAGCCCCUGAGCCCCCCAAAUUCCCAUGUGGUGAGAUCUAGGAAAUGGCAGGCUGCCCCUUCUUUUGCUUUGUUUUUGCUUGUGUUGACACUCUGCUCAGGUUACUGACAUAAAAGUACUUUGCGUCUUUCUGUAGCAGAGCAUGUUGCUUGUAGUGACUGCCAGCUGGAACGGGCUGGAUCGGCCCGGCCGGAGCUCCCUCCUUCCGACUCCAAGCCAGCUGCUCAGAGACCCGGCCGGUGGCAGGCCCCAUUAGCAGGGCCUAAGGAAUCUGCAGUCUGCAUUGCACAUGGCUGAGCCCUUAUCUGCUGCCCCAGGCUGAGCUACCAAACACUGGCUGUCCCUUGUGCCCAGAGAAAGACAGACAGCUGCGGAAGUUGGACGGUUGUUAACUGGCUCUCAUACGGUCUUCUGUGGUGGUUUGCAAAGUAACAGGAGCAAUUUAAAAAAUGGAGGUGUGUGGAGAGAGGGAGAGAUGAUUCUGAUGAGGAGCCUACAAUCUGAAUUUCUAUGCUGAAGAUUCAUAAGAAGAGCCUGCUGGAUCAGGCCAAUGGAUCCAUCCAACCCAGCCUUCUGUUCUCACAGUGGCUGACCAGAUAACUGCGGGAAACCUGCAAGCAGGACCAGGUCAGACUGAAGGGCAAAGACUUUCAUAUGUGGGUAUGAACCUGGAGUCACAGCUCUGCUCAAGAGCAAGCAAUCCUUGCGGGUAGCAGCUCUGGUUGGAGUGUGGUCCUUGGUAAGUCUUCCUUUUCAGACUCCCAGUUGCUGGAAACAACACAAGUCUCUGGCUCCUUGAACCUGAACAUAAAAAUACAGUGGUACCUCAGGUUGCAGACGCUUCAGGCUCUGUAACCCAGAAAUAGUACCUCAGGUUAAGAACUUUGCUCCAGGAUGAGAACAGAAAUCGCACAGUGGCGGCGUGGCGGCAACGGGAGGCCCCAUUAGCUAAAGUGGUGUCUCAGGUUAAGAACAUUUUCAGGUUAAGAAUGGACCUCCGGAACGACUUAAGUUCUUAACCUGAGGUACCACUCUAUAAGAAGAGCCUGGUGGAUCAGGCCAGUGGCCCAUCUAGUCUAAUUCCUGUUCUCACUGUAGCUAACCAAAUGCCCAUGGGAAAACCUGCAAGCAGAAUAUGAACACAAGAGUCCUCUCCACACACACACACACACACACACACACACACACACACACCGGUGGCUUCCAGCAGCUGAUAUUCAGAAGCCUUGCUGCCUCCGACCGUGGAGGGAGAGCGGUGGCUAGUAGUUACUGGUAGCCUUAUAUUCCGUGAAGUUUUUUAACCCUCUAUAAAAAACCAUCCAAGUUGGUGGCCAUCAGUGUCUCCAAGAGUGAGGUCCACUGUCUUAACCAUGCGCUGUGCCGUGUGAAGAAGUCCCUUCUCUUAUCUGUUCUUUAUCCAUGCAUCAUUUUAUAAACUUGUAUAAAUCCAUUGCUUUCCACGUCUCUUCUCAAAGUAUUAGGAUCAUUCUGCGGUAUACAUUUAAAGCAGUAUUGUGCAACUUUAAACAGUCAUGGCUUCCCCCAAAGGGAGCUGUGGUUUGUAUAAGGUACUGAGAGUUGUUAGGAGCCCCCGAUUCCCUUCACAGAGCUACAAGUCCCAAGAGUUCCCUGGGAAGAGGAACUGAAUUUUGAACCACUCUGAGGACUGGAGCUCUAUGAGGGCUCCACCUCCUUUCAAAUCAAUGGGUUCUGCGCAUGGAGAAGCGCCAUCAUGCCCAUUCAUUUCACUGGGCCUUGAGAUUUCCUGCUGAGACAAAAGCAGUCAGGGUUCCCAUUUCUAAAAAUGAUUCCUAGCCCCAUUUCUGAAACUGCUGAGAGAAAGAGGAAAUAGGGAUAGGGAUUGAUUAAUAACGUUCAUUAAUUUCAGUGGGUCCACUCUGAGGAUGACUAAUGUUGGAUAUAACCCAUUAUUUCCAAAUCUUCAGCUAUACAGCUAUAUUAGCAUAUGCAUUUUUCAUGCAUUUCUUUUUCUUUGGUGACGUACAAGUGGCUGGCCUGGUCACAGAGACUGCUCACUUGGGUUUUAAGCUAAAAUGGUUACCGUAGUUAGGAAAGUCAGGGGCGGGGAAGAACUUUAUAUUUUCUCUUUUACUCAUGCCCCUUUCAGUUUCUUAUUGGCAUGGAAAGAGCCCAAGACUUCCAGGAAACAUUGCAGCGUUGACUUUUUAAAAGAAAUUGGCAAGUGAUGAUCCCAUAAUAUGGGCUAAUUGCUUCUGGUAUUUUGAAAAUACAAUGAUUAAGUGUGGCUGAGGAAAGCAAUCUUCAAAUUGGCUGCCACGCGUGGAACCAAAACUUCUUAGACACGGUAUUUGAUGGAGGUUUUCUGCCCCAACUCUCCGAGCCCGGUCUUAAUGAUGCAGAUCCAGCAUGCAUAUGAAAUGUAUAAUUGCUCUUCUUCAUAGUGGUAGGUGACCCUUGAGAGAGAAAAGUGCAAUCCUCUCUCACAGUUCAUUAGUGCUUGAGUAAUUCUGGAAAUCUAAGAUCACUGCAAAUCCCCAGUAUCAGCGUCUUAAGUCUCCAGUUAAUUCCACCUCUGGAGAUUUAUGGUCCCUGGUUCAAACUAGCUCUGCUAUUAGCUGCUUCAGAAGCCAGUGGUGACCUCAGAGCUAGAAUCACUGUAGUUUGGGGUUGCAAAACAUCUGAAGUAGCUCAGUUUGGCUCUCCUCACUCCAAACCCUGAUGUAGGAUGCUUACAAACCAUGGCUCAGCAAACUGGAAUAAAAUAUGGCGUUGUGAAGGGAAUUUGCAAAUAGUGGUUUUAUAUGAACCCAGUUUGGCACCACUUGUGAACUGACAAACCAGAGUUACUGUUGUCAGACUUUCCCUCCAGGGUUGGUGCACCUAAAUAUGGGAGUGUCAAGUAGAUGGAAAAUGAAAACAGACAAGCCAUGGUACCUGUUUUGCCUGUUGUUUGUUUGGAAGUUCAGCCUGUGAUCCGGAGUUCUAAAACCUGUAGUUACUACAAGCCAUGGUCAAGGUGGCAUCUGAACUGAUCCAGUUACAUGGUGGCUUCCACUCCUUCCUGCCAUCAACAUACUUGGCCAGUCAUAACAGUGGGACUUGUCAUCGUAGCAACCAUUCUAGCCUGAUUCACACAUAAUGCUAAGCCUUGGUUUCUUAAACUAGGGUUUGUUUGGUCAUCUGAAUCCUGUCUAUCAGCUUAACUAGGGUUUAUUCACUGCUCGCAAACUACAAUCUGAAGCCAUUGCUCAUUUUGGCCUUACAAACCUUUGUUUUAUUUGAAUUGUGGCUUGGUGUUACAUGAGAACUCAGCAGCCUUCCUUUACUGUGGUUUAUUUUGCAAGAAAAAAACUGAUUGUUGGAGAAAUUAGCCAUGGUUUAUUUGAUCACCCGUUCGACAGCUUGAGGUUGCUUAUUAAACAAACCAUGGUUUAGUGGUCUGUGUGAACCAGACCACUAUCUCUUCAUCACUCUCCACCUCUGGUUUUAUCUCUGGACCUAAACUUCUCCUGGUUGUGCUUUCAGACAUUAAGAAAGAAAGGUUUUAAUGGUUGCGACAGUCCAGAACCCGACGGGGAAGACUCCAUUGACCAGAGCCCUCUGAUGGAAGACAAAUACCGUAAAGCCAGCGAGGAUCUUGACAUCCUGUUCAAGCGCUACGGUGUAAGUAGCUCGCCACCCCAGGCAAAAAAUUCUUCAUUGUCUCUUUUUUUUUCUUUUUUUGUUCGUUCGUUUGUUGGAUUUAUCCCUCCCCUCCCAACCCAAACUACCUUCUCCCCCCACCCUCCCCCCACCCUCCCCCACCCGGCCACGUAACAGGCGCUGAACAAGAAGCAUAGAGAGUGUGAGAGCCCUGACGGGGACGACGUGUUUACGUUGACGCCUCAGACGGAAGAGAAAUAUAAAAAGAUUGAUGAGGAGUUUGAUAAAAUGAUGCAGACUUACAGGCUCACAGUGAGUAACAGCUGGUGGCCUGCCAACGCCUCCCCCUCCCACCCGCCCCAUGGAUAGGGCUGCCAACCUGCCCAAUAUUUCUUAAUAAUACGAAUAACUGUCCUGUUGAAGUGGCCUAAGCGCUGGUCAAGCCGCUUGCCCUGAAUGCUGAUGGCCUGGCCUGGAUUUCUUACUCGGUUUUAGAACACAAGGAAGCAAACUGAGGAAGAUGGGGGCUAGGAGAAUUUUGAGAUUAUUUCCCUUCUUCAUAUAGUUAACAAAAGAAAGCAAUCUCGCAGAAGCAGCAAAAAAGAGAUGGCACCCUUCCAGGGAAAUGGUUCUGCACAUGCUUGCUGUCUUAAUGGUGAGGCACUCUGCACAUGCUCAGAGGUACCAGGACCAUAAGCCAAUGUAGUUGUGGCUACAUAUAUAGUUAUAUAUACAUAUAUAGUUGUGGCUAUAUAUAAAAUAGCCAGUUCCCUUCAUGAAGGAAUUGCACUCAGAACAUGCCCAGAUGCCAGGAUUUUUUGUUUGUUAAGCAAAAGUUGGCUGCCCUAACCCAUGAGGGAGGGAAAAAGAAUAUUAUGGAGGGGGGAAUCUUGCAUGGUUUGGCUUUCACAGAGCCUCAGCUAAUUUGCACCCCUAAAGCAAAGGAGAUGGUUAGGAGAAAGUCCCUCUGACACCCAGAAGGCAAUGUGUACCUCGUUGCUAAGGUACUGGACAGCGAGGGAUGCUUAGUUACGCCGAGGCCUUGCUAGGCAGCGCUGCGAAUUUGUUUGCAAAUGCUCUCUUGAAAAAUACUUCUGAAGGACAGGCCUUAGUAUAAACCUCUGAAAUACAAACCUCUCUCCCAUCCCCUCAGCAUAGGAGUAGGAUGAGGAUGUUUAUUUUAUUUUAAACAUUUCUAUUUAUCUGUUUCCCACCCUCUUCCACUAGAGCAGCCUUCCUCAAGCCGGUGCUCUGCAAAUGUCUUGGACUCUAGCUCCUAGCAGCCCUGGCCAUUAACCAUGCUGGCUGGGACUCAGGGAAACUGUAGUCGAAAAUGGCUGUGCCGGCAGGAGAUGUAGUCUUAACAACACCUGGAGGGCACCAGGUUGGGGAAAGGAUCUCAUUAACAGGAUUUCAAAGCAGCUAGCACUAGUGAGGCACAAAGGAUCAAGACAAUAUCCAAUAGUGUGAUGAACUAUUCUAGGGAAAAGCUGAAGCUUUGUUUGCUCCCUGCACCAACAGCGGACUAGCUACUAGAUUUAAACUGGUCCAGUGCCAAUAGCUGGACAGUGCUAGCAUCUAUAAAAGGUGCAACAGAAGAUUUAUUAAUCUAUUAAUCUCAUUGUUUGAGGUUUGAUGGCUCCAUUCUUCAGGGGAGGCGGCGGAGAAUAAUCCUUAUACAAUCCUUACUUCAGAAGUGUCAUAUGAAGCUAAGAACACAGACAUGUCAAAUAAUCACCCUGUAAAAAGCAAGAACAGAGCACCAGUAAUGAUUUAGUCCCAACAAGGCAGCAUUUUUUAAAAACGGAAGGAAGAGGGUGCAAUCUGUGUGACGUUAAAUCCACACGCUUCAAACCCUUUGGGUUCAGCAUGUGCUUCUCAUGAGAACUAACCCCAAAUCCUUGGCCAAACUAACCUGUAACCCAAGAACAGCUCCCUCAUUCUCAGGAUUUUAAUUUGCCUUGUUGGUGUGGCUAAAUUUGUACCUGGCUGACUAAAUAAAUCCCCAAGCACUUCUGAGAGAUGGACCAGGCCGUGCCCCGCCCAAGCCUGGGACUUUCUUGAGCAAGUCAAAUGUGGUUUCUGAGCAGAAAGACUCGGGGGAUUCUCUGGUUGCCGUUCCAUAGGAGAGCGAUCUCUCGACAUUAAGCUGCCUAAUGCAAGGUGAGACCUUUGGUCUAUCCAAGCAAGGCACUGUUUAUUACAGCCUUCACCGCACUGGCACCCUUCCAGGGGUUUUGGACUACAGCUGUGCUGGCUGGGGUUCAUGGGUGUUGUAGUCCACCAACAUCUGGAGGUAACCAAGGUGGCUAACGUCUGGUCUUCUCUGAUGGUAGGACCUCUCCAAGGUCUUUCCCCCUCUUUGCUAUGAGAUUUAAAAAAAAUACUUUGCUGAUGAGUUAUGGCCUUAACCCAGAGACUCAUGUCUGAAAAUUCCUGGUACUUCUUGCCCACUAAGCCAGGAGUUGUGAUCUCGAGGUAAUGAUCCUGUAAUAAAUAUAGGGGUUGCUCGUGCGUAAGUUGCCGCCACUCCUGGCUAGGUUGCCUUGUUAAACCUUUUCUGUCUGGACAGCCCUUCACUUCGUGGCUGUUUCAGUCGCUAGCAGAAUCCGUCAGUGGGCGUUUCUUAAACCUUUUCCAGCAUAAAAGCUGUUUGACGCCAAGUCUCCUCCUACUCUCCCUGCGCGGAAGUCUUCUGCGCAGGGAGGGUGUGGGUAGCGGAGGACCCGUACUCUCCCCGCUGGUCUCCGGCGAGGAGUCCUGGAGCCCCCUCGCCGAUUCCCCCAUCUCCCUGGUGUUACGCUGAUUUCCUUCCCCAACUGAUGAGCUGCCUCUCUCCCUGCUGGGCCCUUCUCCAGCAUCGCUUGGGAGCCUUGCCUCCACCUCUAGCUCCGAUGUCAGUUCCCUGACAGAUCCCAAAACAGCUGCUUCUGAAUCCUCAUUGUUUGACACACUUUUCUGACCUUGUGCUCUGAAAUAAGACCCUCCUUCCCUUUCUCUCAUCUUCCCUUUUCUUCGACUUCUGUAGUAUCUGGCUAAGAUACAAAUAGGCAGGCAAUCUUUUUCACCCCAAGGGCCACAUCCCGUCAUGGGCAACCUUUUGGGGGCCGCACACCAGUGGUGGGCAUGGGCAGAAGCAAAAAGUGGGUGGGCCAGAGGCAAAAGAUGAGCCGUGUGAUGGAUGCAACUCUCAUCUUUCCACAGUAGGCUAUAGUCAUGCAAAAGUCAGAGGUUUCCACACAGACCAAUAUCUCCAUCCUCUGUCCACGCCAGCAAGACACAUUUUCACAGUUCAAGGACAUACUCUGGCAAGGCAAAAGCACUUGGGGAGGGCGUGACGCAGGGGUGGAGAGAGUGUGUAUCCUGGGGAGAUUCUCGUGAGCCCAGUGGGGAUGCCUGGAGUACCACCACCAUCCCAUAAGGCUGGUGUUCCCCACCCCUGAUCUAGGAAGCCCAUUCCUGUUCCUUUCAAUGACACUAAGCAUCUUUUCAACUCCCCUAUGGACAAGUGGGGAAAGGGGCAGGCACGAAUUGAGCACAUUGGUUUCAGUUCACCCUCAAGUGGCAAUCUGAUGUUGUGGGGAGAUCUGGGAGCUUGUGCUUGAGUCCUGCUUGUGAGUUUCCCACAAGCAUCUGGUUGCUUGCUGUGAGAACAGGAUGCUGGACUAGAUGGGCCAUUGGCCUGAUCCAGCAGGCUCUUCUUACAUUAUUAAACAGAUGUUCCUUCAGGCAACACAUUUUGGUUACCAUCUUUGCUGGGGGCACUGCAGAACCCGGCCCCACCCCAUAUUUUUUACAUGUGCUAUUACACGAUGUGGGGGGUCCAUUUGAAACUGUACCCAUCAAAACAUUGCUGAGUUUCAUGGUGCCCUCAGUGAAGAUUGUAAUCAAAACAUGUCAGGUAAACAAAUGAUAAUUUACUAUAACCCCUAUGGUGUUCUUAAGGGCAACAUUUACACCAUACAUUUAAAGCACCAUGAAACAUGUCUUCUCCCAAAGAAUCCUGAGAACUGCAGUUUGUUAAGGGUGAGUUGUUAGGGGACUGCACUUCUCCUCCCAGAACUACAAUUCCCAGGGUUGGUUUAACGAUCAUUCCCUCUUAAGACAACCAGUGUGGUGUGGUGUUUAGAGUGUUGGACCACGACCUGGCAGAACAAUCAAUCCCUUUUCAUAGGGAACUCUGGGAAUUGUCAUUCUGUGAAGCAAAUUAGGGUCUCCAAUAACUCUCAGGACCCGUAACAAACUACAACUCCCAGAAUUUUUUGGGGGGAAGCCAUUACGUUUUAAGGUGUUAUCAUGGUGCUUUAAAUAUAUGGUGUGAAUGUGACCCCCAGCUGCUUUGGACUAAAUCUCCCAUCAGCCCUGGAUGGGGCUGAUGGGAGAUGUCAUCCAUUACGCCUGGCAGGCAUCUGGUUGGUGAAACCUGCCUUUGCAGGUUCUCUGUUCUUGUCGCUGGAACAGUCCAGGGAUAGUGGCUGAUAACAGAAAGCAUCCAGCUGGAAGCCUUGGCUCCAAUAUGCACUUGUGGUCUUGUGAAUGCUGCUUGCCAAACCUAACACCAAAACCCCUUCCUAUCAGCUUCCUAUUUUAAACAUGCUUGUCUCUCUCUCCCCUCAGUCUGCAGUUCCGGCUCCAAAUUUUGCCAUGCCUGUUACGGUUCCAGUGACCAACCAGAACACGCUGCAGUUCAGCAACCCAGGAGGCACCUUAGUGACCCAGUCCCUCGUGACCUCCUCCUUGACUGACCCGCGCCUCCUCUCACCGCAGCAACCAACGCUCCAGCGAAACACAGUCUCUCCGGGCCUCCCGCAGAGGCCAGCUAGCGCAGGUUCGCUCUUUAUUUAUCUAGUUUUAUUUACAAAAGUUUCUGCACCGUGAACUCUUUGGCGGCUGUGGCAAGUGGGGAGGGGGGUAUCAUGGUAGUGAACAUCAAUUGGUGGUGAACAUCAAUUAAAUUGCAUUAAUAAAACAAGUACCAGAUAUUUCACAGAUUAUUAUUAUUAUUAUUUAUUGAAUUUAUAAGCCUGCCCUUCCUCCCCAAGAAACCCAGGGCAGCAAAGAACAUGGACCGUUUAAAACAAAAACAAAGCAAACAUUUUAAAACAGAUAAAAACAUUCUAAAAGCAGUUAUAUUUAAGAACAUUGAAAAUCAAUUACCAUUAGAUCAGCUUAAGACAUCAGCAUUGUAUGUGACAACUGAGAUGUGUGUUUUCUGGUCCUGCACUCUUCUCAUGAAUAUACUAUGUUUUAGCUGUUUUUAAAUCUGAAUUCUAAAUUGUUGUAUCUCGCUCUGGGACCUCUUGGUUAAUAAUAAUAGUAAUAAUCAUCAUCAUCAUCAUCAUCAUCAUCACCAGGAGGUCCCAGGGCACUUUACGACAUUUUAAAAUUCAGAAUUUAAAACAGUUAAAGCAUAUUAUAUAAUAUUUCAAUUAUUAUUUUUCAGCAUUUUAUUAAUGUUGUUGGGUCAAUGUUACACAAUGUUUUGUGUUUUAUUUGAUACUUCUUCCAUAUAUAUCUGUGACCAUAGUAAAUGACCAAAAAGAUUAUCCAUAUCUGGUUUCACAAAUGGAUGAGAACAUCGGAAGAUCCUGGCUGCUGGAUCAGACUAAAGGACUCCCUAGUCCAGCAUCCUGUCUCUCUUAAGUAGGACAUGAGAACAAUGUUCCUCUCCUGCUUGUGAUUCCUAGCAACUGUAUUCUGUGACAUGGGUACCGAAAAGUUUAUAAAAUUAUGCCUGGCAUGUAGAAAGUGUCUAGAGAAAAGUUCUUCCCCUCUCUUGUAACACUUGAAUUCACGAACUUCCAAUGAAGCUGAAUGCUGGAAGAUUCAGGACAAGGAAGUCUUUCUUCACACAGUGCAUAGGGAACCAGGCAGAGGGCCUUCUCGGUAGUGGUGCCCACCAUGUGGAUUGCCUUCCCAUCAGAUGUCAAGGAGAUAAAUAACUAUACAGCUGUUAGAAGACAUCUGAAGGAAGCCCUGUAUAGGGACGUUUUUAGUGUUUGAUUUUUAAAAAGGUUUUUAUAUCUGUUGAAAGCCGCCCAAAGUGGCUGGGGCAACCCAGUCAGAUGGGCAGGGUACAAAUAAGGUGAUGGUUGUUGUUGUUGUUGUUGUUGUUGUUGUUGUUGUUGUUGUUGUUGUUAAACUAUGAAACUCACUCUCACAGGAUGCAGUGAUGGCCACCAACCUGGAUGGCUUCAAAAGAGGAUUGUAUAAAUUAAGAGAAGGCUAUCAAUGGCUGCAAGCCAUGAUGGCUAUGCUCUGCCUAUACAUACAGUAGGAGGCAGUAAUGAUUCUUAAUACCAGUUGCUGGAAACCACAGGAGGGGAGGGUUCUCUUGUUCUUGAAUCUUUCUUGUGGGAUUUCAGCAGGCAUCUGGGUGGUCACUGUGAGAACAGGAUGCUGGGUUAGAUGAGCCCUUGGCCUGAUCCAGCAGGCUCUUCUUCCAUUCCUCUGGAUCAGCAUGUUGGAAUGUGGCGGAACGUCAAGUCUAACUCUCUUUGCCCAUAUUCUUCUCUUUAGGGGCAAUGCUUGGAGGAGACCUCAACAACACAAAUGGAGCCUGCCCGAGUCCAGUAGGUGAGUAGAAGUGAAGUGGAAGCUUGUUGUUCCAACAGCCAGAUGUCAGGAAAAGGGUUCUGGAGAGCCUUCCCUUGGAUGAAUUGUGGUGGGAAGGUUGUUGGCCUUGGGCCCAAGCCAUUCCAUGCACAGGGACAAGAAAGGGGGUGACUGGGAAUGGGGGUCCCACGUAGAUGAGGCCCACGCAGCAAACUCAGCCCAGGGUCAGUGUGCAAGCUGCAUCCUGGGCGCUGUGACUAUAAGGGAGCAGCAGAGCUUUCAGCCCUCGUGAUAGAGGAAGGAGCUCCAAGCUUAAAGAGCCGAAAUAGAACUUAAUGCAGUUUGGGGUGUAAUGACUCAUAAGGUCACAUGUUGAUCUAAGGAGCUGCUGAUCUAUGUGGGUGACACAGAGCAGCUUGAGAAAUUUCACAUCGCAAGCGGGUAGAUGGCAGUGGAGUCAAGGAGGCCUCUUGAUGGUUUUCUCCCAGGGCUGGUCAUGCAGAGAUGCAUUUCAGUGUCAGCAUCUAGGAGCCAGCUGCUUAUGCUCCCCAAAGUGGGCCUUGAGAAAGCUUGGCCUGGAGAGCCCCAACCUCAGGCCCUCCAGACCACUCUCACUGGCCCCCAGAACUCUCUCCAGGUCACAUCCCUCCCCAGCCCUGCUUUGUACCUUCCUUGAGUUUUUUUGUCUGGCUGGAAUGGAUGCUUGUUUGGUCAGAGGAACGUAACAGAGAGCUGGGACUGUGUGUGUAGAAAUUAGCCCAUACUACAGAGGUAACCUUCACAUUAGUGGCUCCAUCCACUUUUGCCUCUGGUCCUGCCCAGCACUGACUUGUGACUUCUGGAAGGUUGCCCAGAAAAGAGUCCCCCACCCCCACCCCAAAAUCAGUUAAUUAAACAAAAUAAAUCACACAAUAUAUUCUCAUUUAAUAACUAUAACAUAACAGUUUAAAAAUAUGGCAAAGCAACAGUGGCUCGACUAAUGGUUAGGAAACACUUUCUGAAAAACUUAUCUGCAAGGCUGACAUAAUUACCCACUUCAGAAAUCUGCCCUUAGAGGAGGGAAAGGGGUGGAACCCACAUUAUAGGGCCAAACCAGGCUGAGUCCAGACAAGCAAGUCUUUCCGCGCCAGUUUUAAUUAGAGACUGCGCUGCACUUGGGAUCACUUUAUUUGACCUUGUCAGUUUCAAAACCAGCCCUUGUUUUAAAACUCCUGUUAAAAUGACAACCCUUCUGGGUGGCUUCAGAAACCAUGCCUGAAUCCCUUUUAAACGACUCUUUGUUUGGUUUAAUUGUCGCAUGGCAAUGGGCAGGGAUGGCUCUAAUUGGAUAUUGAGACAUCCUGGCCUUGAGAUGAAAUAUAUCAAGGUGUCCUGCCUCUCGUGGCUUUAAUAAUUGUGUAGCAGAGAGAAUUUCUGAAGGUGCGGCUUCUCCCACCUUGAUAGCACUGGAAGGCGAGGAAGCUGCACCCUCCCAAGGGCUGUCUGCUUCCGUUGCUUUUAAAGGCAAGUCUGGCAACACUCCCCUUUGCUGCACCUUGGUGCCCCACUUAGGAUCCAGUGGGGGAGGCAGAUUGGAAGGUGGAUAUAUAAAUGUGUGUUUAUAUGGAUACACAUGUCAUACGUAUAUACAUAAUAGGGCUGCCAGCCUUGCUCAGCUUGCUCCCCAACCCCAUCCUGACUUCAUCCCAAUCCAGGAUUGUGAGGUGGCACUACAGAUCCUCCAUUGGGGGCUGUGUGAUGACAACGUUACAUUUUACACAUCCUAGUGAAACGCAUAUAGAUAUAUGCCUGUUCUGCCUAAGGCGGUAGAGAGAAGGGAUGACAGUAAGGGCUGAUGAGAAGCUCAGGCUGUGACUGGAUGGAAGGCCUCAAACCUCAAAGACAGAUCCCCAUGGUGGAGAGGCAAUUACUGCUUGUUUUAGAAUUGCAGUGUUUAAUUGGGUGUUCUUUUUUGAAGAUAAUUUAAAAAGGUGUGCUGACUAUUCAGAGACCAGACUCAUUGGAAAAUAAAAAACUUUACAGUGGUACCUCAGAUUAAGAACUUAAUUCGUUCUGGAGGUCUGUUCUUAACCUGAAACUGUUCUUAACCUGAAGCACCACUUUAGCUAAUGGGGCCUCCUGCUACCGCUAUGCCGCCGCUGCACAGUUUCUGUUCUCAUCCUGAAGCAAAGUUCUUAACCUGAGGUAAUAUUUCUGGGUUAACUGAGUCUGUAACCUGAAGCGUAUGUAACCUGAGGUACCACUGUAUUUUAUUUUUUUAAAAACCCAUAAAUAACAGCAGCAUCUUAAAAGAAGUAUCCCCUUUUCUUUCUUACGUAGGAGGGAAUGCCUCUUAGGCCCCAUUCACAGCACACAGUUAAAGCACUAUGACACCAUUUUAAAUAAUCAAGGCUCCCCCCCCCCCAAGAAUUCUGGGAGCUGCAGUUUGCUAAGGACGCUGAGAGAUGUGAGGAGACCCCCUGUUCUCCUCACAGAACUGCAGUUUCCAGAGUGGUGUAACAAACUGUCCCUCUUUGCAGGGAACUCUGGGAAUUGUAGUUCUACGAGGGGAAUUGGGGUCUCCUCACAACUUUCAGCACUCUUAACAAACUGCAGCAGACUGUGUGGCAAGGGGAGGCGGAUACUGCUUUAACUUCACCUGAGAUCCCUGAGUGCCGAGCCUUGGCCCUUCCCAAGACUCCUAGGCACGCUUGCUGUCCCUGUCAAUCUUCUGCACACACAACGUCCUGCCUCUCCCCUCAUCUCCCCCUCCCCAAGCAUCUCUCCUGUCUCCAAAGCAGCCCCCAUGUCAGCUGCCGUGCGCGGCUGUUCCGGCUUGUAACUUGGCAGGCCCUGUGAAUGUCAUCAUUGACGUCACCCAAACAUUCCCCUCAUUCCAGGAAACAGGAGCAGGGAAGCAGGAGAGCCCAGGGGGUAGGCCCUCAGAGAGACCUCGCCAAGCCCUGGGACUUUCUCAGGACCUGUGGGGUGUGGGGAGACUUGACACUCCCCCCUCCCCCCACCCGCCCUCUCCUAGCCUCUUGUUCCUCCUCUUGGUGCCAGUCGCAAAGCCAGGAGGCGGGUUGGUGAUCUGAGACCUGCCUUGAUUUCUCCUGCUAGCCUUAUUGUGACAUUGAAACACAGCAGCCAGAUUAUUGGCUAGGGUUCCAUUUUGAUCUCACUUAACCCGUGUUUUAAAACAGCUGCAAUGCUUCCCAGUUCGUUUCCGGGCCCAAUUCAAGGUGCUCACAUUAGUGUUUAAAGAACUGUACAGCUUAGGCCCCAAACACCCAAAAGACCCCCUUCUUCCUGCAGACCCUCUUGGGUGCUAAGAUCAGCAGAGGGGGUCCUCUCGCUAGUUCACUUCCUUCAGAAGCUUGAGGGUGGUGGCAACCUUGGACAGGGCCUUCUCUGUGGCAGCCCUAAGUUGCGGAACUCUCCCCCCCCCCUUCAUUAUACAGAAUCCGACAAAUUUUGAAGACACAUCUCUUUACCCUGGUUUUUUACACUUGAUGUGUAUGUUUUGGGACCCACCUUAUUUCUGUGUUUGUAAAUUGUUUUAAACUGUUUAUAAUAUUGUGUUUUAAUAUUGUAACCCGCAUUGUGACCUUAGGGUGAAGGGCAUGUAAUAAAUUAUCAUCAUCAACCCUGGCAGCUCCAGGAAGAGCUGGCCAUUUCCCCAGCCUAAAACCCUGGAGGGCCCCUGCCAGUCAGUGUAGACUAUACUGAACUAAAUGGACCAAGAGUCGUGACUUUGGAAAGGGCAGCUUCCUGUGUAAACCGGGAGAAAAUAGAGAUUACUUGAGGCACACUUACUUUGACUUAUGUUUGGGCAUGGGGACAAGUUUAAGAUAUUUCCCAACGUUGUCCAUUCUUUGAAAAAUAAUAUCUGUUUUUCCCUCUCUCUCCUUUUUCUCCAGGGAAUGGUUACGUCAGCGCCAGAGCCUCCCCGGGUCUCCUUCCCGUGUCGAAUGGCAACAGCCUAGGCAAGGUCAUCCCGGCAAAAUCGCCGCCACCACCCUCCCACGGCACUCAGCUGGCUGCCAACAACCGCAAACCGGACUUGCGCGUCAUCACCUCACAGAGUGGAAAGGGUCUCAUGCACCAUUUGGUGAGUCCAACUUAGGGCAGAGAAAUCCUGUGUGUUUCCAACUUCAGCAGGCUCCUGGGCCUGAUCCACCACCCUCCAUUUUACUGAAAGGCUGAGCCAAGGAAGAGAUACCAGCCCUGACUUUGGUCUGCAUGGAAACCUCUUCCCACAAUCCUCAGGAUAUCUUUUUGUCAGUGUUUCACAAGAACGCAUGACGUUUUCGACCAUGCUACACUCUUGAGAGCUGGUGAUGAUUGUAACUGUUUAGACUGGUGCUGCAAAAAUCCCAUAGCUGUGCUUGCAGAUAAGUGUAUCAAGCAGGGCUGUUACGGCACAAUUCUAAGCAUGUUUAUGCAGAAGCCAGUCCCUCUGAGUUCAAUGGGAAUUAUUGCCUAACAAGCAGAAUUCCAUCCCGGGUUGGUUAAUCAAUUGCAUCUGCAUAAAUGUGUUUAUCAGAAAGAAAGACUGGCUACCUGGUGUAGAGAUGCUGAAUCUGCCCCUUCUUCUCUCACACACACUCGGAAUGCCACUUGUAAAACAAAUAAAACUUCUGAAAUAAAAAACACACUGCUUAGAUAUUUUUAAAAUACAUACUGAGUUGUCUAUAGAUUGAUUUAAAAAAUUAAGAGCCUGUUUCUAAUUUUUUUAAAAACCUGAUGGCCAAUUAGUUGGUGACAAGCAGUGAAAGGUUUAUUAUCUAUUAAUCUAAGCAAUUAAUUGAUUAAAUGUUGCAGCGAGAAUUCCAAAUAUACGACACCAGCAUGUGUGAAACUGAAAAUACCUUUCUGCUCUCCACACUUGUGACUCUCAGCAGCUUGCAUUCAGAGGCAUACUGCCUCUGACAGUGGAGCUGUAUCAUCGCCAUCCUAGCUAGUAGCCAUUUCCACCUUGGAUAUUAUCUGGCACUCCCAAGCACAGCCUGUUCUUUCUGUGGUGUUCCCUUGUCGUCAUCCCCCCGCCCAAUGUUUUCAACCAGUAUCACACAGCAGACCCUUGAACUUCUGGUCUGCCCUGCGUGAUACAGAACAGGAUACUCAAUUAGUGUUGAAAGUGGCAUCAAAAUUAAGCAUUAAAUGUAACAAUUUCAUUUUGGUUUCAUUUUUAUUCCACACCCCAGACAGAGGAUCACUUGGAUCUGGUGAGUUUCCAUGCUUGCAAGUGUUCUGUGUGUGUGUAUGUGUGUCUUUGGGUUCUGUUCCCUUUUUAAAAAGAAUAAUUGUCUUGAAAUUGUGAGACAGGGGAAUGUAGGGACUUACUAGAGGAAACUCAGUCUGCUUUCAGGCCUCUUCUAGGGUGCCUUGAUUGGUCCAGGAAGGUGGGUUGGCAGCCUGCCCUCCCAACAGCUGGCACGACUUUAGCAGCUGCAUUGAAUGGGUAUGUGUGCCUGCACGUUGCCUCUUCUGUGUCCUGGAGUGGUGGAAUUGCAACUCUAAACCAGGCGAGAAUGGAAAGUGUCCCCCUCACAUGCUGUCACUGGGCCUGCUUAAGCAAGGCCCCCUUUGUCCAUCCCAUCUGGCGUUAGAUAUGGGUCUCUUCUGCCUCAUUCCUUCAGCUGUCUGCACAACAGCCUUUUCUGUGUGGGGUACUCUGCCCCAUCUUUUCUGCUGCUGAGGGGCUACCUUCAAACAGCCCUCCUCCUACCCCUGUUCAGCGUUGUCACUGCAUGUGAUGCAUUUCCCUGCAGAUUGUGGGAGUUCCCACCAGGUUGGCAAAAGCUAAUCUGGGGUGGUGGGGGGGAAUGGUGAGCCUACUGAGGGAGGUGGGUGCCACAACAGAGAAGGCCCUCUCACCCCACACAUCUCCCUCCUCACUCUGGACAACAGCAGCACCCAGAGAACUGUGCGAAGUUGCCUGUUUGGCUCUCAAGUGAGUCCCUGUGGUGGUGCUGGCACCUUCAUGAGCUACUUUAAUUUGUUCCCUCUCACAUUCUGCCUCGAACAGCCACCCAGAUAUCCCUGGGGAUCAGGCUGACCCCAUUUGUUUACUUGUCCAGUGGGAUUUAUAUUCUGCCGAGUAAAAACAAGCAAACUUCUGAAGCAGUUUUCAUAAAACGAUAAAAGUACCCCCAAAAGAUCACACUUAAAAGCAAGCGGGCAUAAUAAAAUCUUAUCAACAAAGAGAUAACAAUCAAACAGUUGAAAAAGGAAAACACCCCAAAGAUGCAUCAUAUAAAUGCAAUAAAAUUAGGAUUCGCUUAUAAAUGAGCCUUGGAUGGAAGCGCAGUCCCCUGAUCAAUACUUCACUCCCCAGAUUGCAUGGGCAAAGGGAGUGCCUUGCCUUUGUGUUCAUCUGCAUGCUCUGUCUAGCUGCUGCUCUGCCCCCCCCCACUUUCUUCUUUCCCCUAUCCAAGUUUAUUUUCCCACCUGAAUUACAUCCUGCUUGUGUUCAUGACUGCGUGACUUCUUGUGUUUUGCAACCAAAAGUGGACUCUGAAAUCUAGAGCUCAACAACUUAUAGGGGGGAAAUGCAUUGCAGACUGAGCAAGUCCAUAAAGCUUAUUCUUAUUAUUUUAAUGAAGUGUAUGUGUGCGUGUUGCAUGUGAGGUAGAGAAUGUAUAGAAAUAAAACAUAUACAGACAAUACAGAUCCUAAAAACAGUAUUAAAACAUAAAAACCUAGAAGAAUGCAGAAAAAUAAACCUGCAGCAGAAAUAAAAUAGACUAAUUUGGGAAGGCACAGGCAAAGAGAAAGAUCUUUUGACAAAUGCCGAAAAUUAUUCUGGUGCUUGCUCUGCUUCUAAAGAGGGAGCAUUCCUGAGAACUGGUGCCACAAUGCUGAGAGCACAUGGCUUGAGCCACAGCAUGCCUUACCCCAGGGGCAGGUCUACAUGACCCAGGGUGGGAUGCAGUAGGAGAGACAGCUUUUCAGAUACCCAGGUCCAUAAUCCUAAGGGGCUGGUAGCAGACUGGCAGCCAGUGCAAUUCUUUCUACAGCCAUGUCACAUGUUGGUGAUAGUUUGCUCCAGAGAGCAACUGUGCAGCCGUGUUCUGCCCUAGCUUCAUCUUCUGGACCACAUUCAAGGAGAGCCCCACGUAAAGCACAUUGCAGGAAUCAAGUCCUGAGGUUACUGGUCCGUGGAACGCUGUUGCCAAGCUAUCCCUGCCCAGGAAUGGUUGUAACUGGUGCACCAGCCGAAGCUGGUGAAAAGCACUCCAGGGCACUACUUCAGUGACCACUUGGGUCAAGAAGGACCCCAAGACUACACACUUGUUCUUCCAGAGGGAGUGCAACCCAAUCCAGAACAGGCAACUCACCACUUCCCUCCAGGGCCUCUGCUUUGCCGAGAUUCAAUUUCAAGUUUAUUGGCUUUCAUCCAGCUCAGGCACUGGUUCAGGACUGGCUCAGCACCUCCUGGUUCAGAUGUUACAGAGAAAUAGAGCUGUGUGUCAUCAGCUUACUCAUGAUGCUGUGCUCCAGAUCUCUUAAUGACCGAUCCCAGAGGCCUUGUGUCGAUGUUGAAUAGCAUUGGGGAUGCAGUACAAAACAACCCCCAGGGGGCUGAAAGGAGUUGGCCCUGUAGGAAUUCCUAUUAUUAGAACUGUAGAGUUGGAAGGGAACCGAGGGUCAUCUAGUCUAACCCCCUGCAAUGCAGGAAUCUUUCACCCAGUAUAGGGCUCAAACCCACAACCCUGAAAUUAAGAGUCUCAUGCUCUACCAACUGAGCUAUCCCGGAUUAUUAUUAUUUAUUGUUCCUAAUAUUGUUAUUAAUCCUACUUCCUACUCACGAUGUGGCCAAGGUGGUGGGAGAAACUGCCUCCUGUUCUGGUUCUUCCUUCGUUGACAUUCACGGGUAUCCCUUAAGAAACGUGGCAGUUCCUAGGUUGAGACUCUCGUGGAGGCCUGAUGGGGCCAGUGGGGACUCCUUCUACCCUUCAGUGCCCUUUGGGGAGGGUGGUGUUCCUUGCAACUUUUGGCUUGUGGGCUUCUUGGACGAAUCCACCUGACCACCUCAGGAAAGAGGAAGCUGGUCUAGGUAGGCCUUUGGCAGGAGUGGCCAUAAGGCCAGCAGAUUCCAGCUAGAUAAUUUCCAGCGAUAUUACAGCCACUUCCAAGAAAGUUGCAUCUGUUUCUCAGCAGAUCCUGGUAAGGCCUGAUUUUUGAACAGUGAGCAGGUUAUUCACAUCCCAGCUGGUUGUUACAAGAACCUUGUGAACAGGGUUCUGUUUUGUUGCCUGGGUUUGUUUGUUUUCCUCUUCCCUCCUCAUCACUUUUUUUUCCCUUUUGUGUGGUGUCUUCUUAGAUUGUAAGCCUGAGAGGAGGGACUGUGUUUAUUUUUGUUGAUAUGUAAGCUGCAGGGCCAGAUAGAAAUGCUUCGACUCCGUCAGCCGUGGUAGCCAGUCUCUCCAUAUGUUCUGCUAUGAAUCUUAAAAGAGCCUGCCUGCCAUCUCCCCAUUCCUCCCCACCUCUGCCUCCCACUUGAAGGACCUGAUACGACCUUCUGAGCGAAGAAGAGGGCAGGGGAAAUCCCCGCAGCUGCACCAAGAGGGAAUUUGUUCUAAAUACCCCUAAGCCUAUUGGGUCAGUGAUCACAUCCCAGGCUAUUGUAAGCUGCAGGUGCCUUGCCAGGCUCCUCCAAGCUCAGGGGCUUAAUGCUUAUCUUCAGCUUCAUCUUGACUCUGUAAUUGGGAGUCAAGGGGUGCUUCAGGGUGGCACAAGCACUGCCAGCACCUUCUUCCUUCAUCUUGAAAGCCCCAGUAGUAAAAGGGCCAUAGCUCAGUGGCAGAGUUUCUGCCUUGCACACAGAAUGUCCCAGGUUCAAUUUCGGCAUUUCCAGGUAGGGCUGGGGAAGACCCCAUGCUUGAAACUUGCCACUGCCAGUCAGUGUGGACAAUACUGAGCUAGAUGGGACAGGGGGUCUGACUCAGGAUAAGGCAGCUUCCUGUGUCCCUGUGUCACUUCUGUGGGGUAAUGGUUAGAGUGUUGGACUAGAACCUGGUAGAGAUCAGGGUUCGAAUCUCCCACUUAGCCAUGAAGCUCACUGGGUGACCUUGGGCCAGGGUCUCUCAGCCUAGCCUACCUCACAGGGUUGUCCUGAGGACAAAAUAGGAAGGAAGAGAACCGUGUACUCCUCCUUGAGCUCUUUGGGGGGAAAGGUGGGAUAUAAAUGUAAUUAAAUAAUAACAAAAUUAAAAGCAGGGCUGGCAAACCUGCAACCCUCAGGCCAUAUAAGGCCCCCAGUGAGCUUUUCUGUGGCCCCCAGAGAGACCCCAUCAGCUCCACCACCCAGUAUAUUCAAAUUGAUUGAAUAAAGCAAAAGGGUUUCACAGGCCUGGCCUGUACCUCUGCUACGUUAUACCCUUUUCAAACACUUCCUUAAAGUGGCUGUGUUGCUUUGCCUCCAAGCGUAUAUUGCCUCCUUCCGUAUAUUUUGACCUCCUUUCUCUUUCUCUCUCCCUCUCUUUCCCUCUUCUUCCUUUUCCCAGCAAAACACACAGAGGCUGAUGGUCUCCCAGGCGACUCAUUCUCUGACCACACCGGUUGUUUCGGUGGCGACUCCAAGCCUCCUGACCCAAGGCUUGCCCUUCUCAGCAAUGCCGACAGCGUACAACACAGGUGAGCCUGCCACAUAUGCCCACGCGUGAAACACAGUGGGAGGGAACUCUCCUGCACACCCUUCUGCUUCCAAAGCAGUCCUGCGGAAAGCAGACGGCAACCCACUUGGCGAGGGGCUAGCUGUGUGUUGCGUUCACGGUGUGCAAGCCAGACUGUGUGAUGAACAUCUGGAGAUCCUGCCACCCUCGAGGCAGACAGAGCAAGCUGGAAGGUGCUGCAGCCAAGCAGAGGAAGCCCAUAGCCACCAGCUGCCUCUCUCUGGUCCUUAGUUAUAGAUCUAUACCACCCUUUAUCAACCUGAUGCUUCCCAGAUAUUCUGGACUACAAACCCCUUCAGCCCCAGCCAGCAAAUUGAUGGGAGCACAGUUGUGCUCGCUGAAGCUGAUGGGGGUUGUAGUCUAAUCAUCAUCAUCAUCAUCAUCAUCAUCAUCUGCCAGGGACCAGGUUGGCAAAAGCUGGUUUAAUUUGACCUAUUUUCUUUACAAGUGAAAAGCAGUGGGACAGGAAAAGUAACUGCUCAGUGGAGAGAACUAUGUGGACGAGAACCCUGUUGUAUUUUGGACCAUAGCUCAGUGGCAGAAGGUCCCAGCUUCAAUCCCUGGGUUCUCUGGGCAGGACUGGGAGAGAGAGACUCGUACCUGAGACCUCUGAAGAGCCACUGCCAGUCAGCACAGACAGUAAUGAGCUAGGUGGACCCAAUUAGCUGACUCAGUACAAUAGGGCAGCUUCCUAUGUUGCAGCGUUCUUGCAUGAUUGUGGGGUUAGAGGGGAUGGUUUCAGAAACCAGGACUAGAAGCCUGAAGCUGACGCAGAAAAUGAGAGGGAGCCGGUCUUAAGGAGCAGCUCUGAUGCUGAGGAAUGGAAUGAGGUGCGAGGUCAAACACACCCAUCUUAAUUAACAGACGGAGCUGACACCUGUCUGCUCAGAAGCGAUGCCUUUCUCGGGGUGACGGCAAAUCAUCCUGAGGUGUGUGAGAGCAGUUGGGCCGUGGGGCUCGGUAAAUUGCAAAUAGAGACGCCCCUUUGAAACAUUAUAAUUAUGGGGCUAAAGCUCAGCGUUGGCCAUAGCCUGCUAGCCAAAAUGGGUGCCUAGAAGCUGACACCCAAGCCCAAGAGCUACUUUCUCCAAAGUGGCUGCUGUUUCUAUUAUGGUACUGCCGCCUUCACUAACUUGGAGCUCUCCAGUUGGUUCGGACGACUCCCAUUAGCCCCAGCCAGGAGCCCAGAACCGCCAUGCUGCCUCGGGCUGAUGGAAGUUGUAGUCCAAAGCAGCUGGGCUGCCUGGGUGUUUGUCAUCCCAAACAUCUGGAGAACAGCAUGCUGGUGAAUACUGCCAUUUUCUCUGGUUGUUGCUUCAAGCUUUUCUCUCUCUUUUUCUUUGCAUGGCUGAUAACGUUCAUAUAGGAACACAUGUGUGCCUUGGUUAUAGUUUGCAAUGCAGGGUGUUUGCUUUAAGACAGUCGGCUGUUCUCUCUCUCCGUCGUCCACGCUGGCCCUUCUCCUCUGAUGGGCUGGCAGGCAGAGGUGGAUAAGAUGCCUGGUGUGAUGCAGAGCAUCGAAACCUGACCCUCAGAGCAACUAGAAACCAUCCACAGCCACCUCUCUGCCUUCUGAGACAUCAGCAGGCCUUGUUUGCUCAGCAACUGAUGAGCAUACCUUCAAAAACCUGAUUUUGAAAAACAGAAGGCAGCUGAGAUUCUUUAGAAGUAAAAUCGGAUGGCCCCCUUUCCUGUCUUCGACACACUAACUCCUGCUUUGCUUCUGUUGCCUUUUCAAGCGCAGAAGGUGCUCCCUCCCAUCUCGCUGAUCCUUGCUGUGGAAGAGAAUCUCGCAGAUCCCAUCCACCCUAUUGCACCCUAUUGUCCGGGCGGGGUGGGUGGCAGGCAGGUCGCCUCAGAAUUUCCCAGCAAAGGCUUUGGCAGCUGUUCACGCUUUGCUCUCAAGCAGUUUUGACAGCUGAGGAGGGGAGGGGUGACAGAAACUGCAGACACCCUAAGCAAGAAUGGGACAGUGCAGCCAAGCAGACGGGUGGGGGGAUGGACGGACAGACAGGACAGGACGGGACACCCGACAUUCAAGUUGCAUUGUGUUCACAUCACACCCAGAAAGGCAUCUCAGCAGAACUGCCUCUAGGGAAUCCUGAUGGGAGCUUGACAGCUCCUUGAGAGGCAAGUGAAUUUUCCCCUUGUUCAAAUAUUUGAGGCAUUGUCUCUUGGGGUUUGAUUGCAACCCCAAGAGGGUUCCCCUCCUCUCCUUGUCAUGGGAGUUUCACACAAGGAAGACAGAGACCCGUUUUUCAAAGCACAAAAAGCUUUUUUAAUUUCUAUAAACUUUGGGUGUUGAAACCAACAUGAAGCGGAAUUACAACAGCAGGUCUAAGAAGCGCUGGUGCCUCUUCCCACCCCAAAGCACUGGGGGUGGGGGGUGGCAUUUAGUGUGAAAAAUAAAUCAUGCAGAAAAACAGGCCCAAACCUUAUUGUUUCCCCAGCCCCGAGCACUGCAGUUUUCUGUUUACUGUCUUGGCGAUUCAGGAUGGUGUGUUCUCAGGCAACCUUGGCCUGUUCAGCCUUGAUAACUCUCCUUGAUUUUCAUGUGAGAUAGUUAGCACACUUUUCAGUCCUGUCCUGUUGAACUGUGUGGGUUGUGCCAUUUGAUGUUAUAUUGCCUACACUGACUGGCAGUGGCUGCCCAUGGUUUGGCCAGCCCAACCUAGAGAUGCCAGCGGUGAUGAUGCUGAGGAGUGUGAUAAUUCAUUGCCUGCCCUUCACCCUAAAGUCCCAGGGUGGGUUACGAUAUUAAAACACAACAUAAAAAAAACAAGUUUACUUACAGCCACAGAAAUAAGGCAGGGUCUAGAAACAACACCUCUCAGGUGCCAAAGGCCAGCAUAAAGAGGGGUGUCUUCAGCAUUCAAUGGAAGCUGUUAAGUGAAGGUGUCAGGCGCACCCCGGUGGGGAGUUCCAGAUCUUAGGUGCUGCUACAGAGACAGCCAUCUCCCAGGUCAUCUCCACCCUUAACAUCUUAAGGGCAGUAGAACAACCAAGGCCCCCCACCCACUGACCGUAGCACCCUAGAGGAUUUGGAGAGAAGAAGGUCUUGCUGAUAUUUAGGGCCUGAGUCAUUUAAGGCUUUAAACACUUACAUGAGUGUAUUGAAUUGGCCCCGGAAAUGAGCCAGGAACCACAGUCCAUGGUGUAUAUGAAGUGCACAAUUUAUUUAAAAUAAAUAAAUAACCCAUUGUAUCAGCCAGCUUUUUCCCCAGCAUCUACCUAAUUCUGUAACUAAACUCCCCACGUUCAUCCUUUCUUACCUUUAUCCCCUCCCCUGUUGUCCAAGUUGCCUUUGUCAACCUGCUAGUCGCUUUGGACCAGAACACUCCCAUCAAUUCCAGCCGGCACAGCUGCUUUGGACGCCCGACUCUCAUCAGUCCCAGCCAUAUGAUGCUGCUACUGGAUGGAAGCCUGGUCGUAAUGACUGGGGCUGAUGGGAGUUGUAGUGCAAAACACCUGGAGGGCAACACGUUGGGGCAGUUGUUCUUGCACUGCCCUCUUUAUCUCUUUUAGUUCUUAUAAAAUCUCUGCAGGCUACCGCUGCACACUCUGCUACUUUUAACACGACCACCAACAGAACUUUCUUAUUUGCGAAUUGUUUGUAGCUGUAGAUCUGUAUCCUCCAAGCGUAUCUGUUUAGUAGACAAAGUAUUCAUUCUUCCUCUGUGUUUAAGCAACUGAUUAAUGGCAGAGGUUCAACUGCAUCUCAUAACCAAACCAACCUGCCAACUCUCACUCUUUGUUAUAUUCCAAGUGAGGUGUGGCUGGUUAUAUAUAAAUGCAAUGAACGAAUUUGCAAUUUAAAAUACACUUCCUGUGCUGCAUAAUCUUGCAGUUAAUACUUCCUACCUUUUGUUUGAUGGGAGCCAUGUCACUACUAGACCUCAAGGAACAUUUUGACUCAUUGGGCUUGUUUGUGGUCGCAGGCGACUGUGACAAAAUGCUCAUAGAGUGCACACGGUGUGCUGCUCUUCAGCCCGUCGUGAUCCAGCUGUGUUGCUUUUAGAGCAGGUUGGGAAACGCAAUUGCUAAUACUCCUAAAUGUUCCCCGAAAAUGGAUUCCUGCACAUACUCUGCUUGUGAAGCUGCCAGGGGCAGUUGGCUGCUCACAGAAGACAAACGCUGGACUUGAGGAAGCCUAGAUCUGGACCAACAGCAGGGCAGCUUCCUGCCUCGUUCAUGAAUACGUCGUCCUCUGCACAUGACCCCCCUCGUCAUCACAGCUGGAGGGGGGAAACUGUGAUAUGCAGGCUUCUUUGGCAGCAAUCCUGCAUCCAGAUGGUCACAUGACUAGGUCCUCAGCAGCCCACCUCCCUCCCCUCUCAACCUUAAGCAAAGUGUGUCUAUUUUUCCAUUCUAAUGUUAGCAAUGGGCAUGUGCAUAGGGUGCCAUCUUGUGGUAGGUAAUUUUAUAAACCUUGCUCAUGCCUUCUCUUCAGUAGUGUGUGUAUUUGCAUUUGCUAGAUCUGAUGAACUGGGCUUCUGGUACACUUAACAGGCUCUCUGUUAGUACAGUGUCUGGGUGUUUUUUGGCACGGGGUUUGGGACACCCUUGCCUUCCAAGGGGCCCCUUUUCCAAAUGCUGGUGUGUCUGAGGCUGGUCUGGAGAGAUCAGAGGCUUGCUCCGUUGGCAUUUUAAUGGGAGCCUACCAAAUUUCCCCUUAUUGAAACAACUCGCCAACCGAAAUGCCACUGUCCUUUGAAAUUUGCACUCUGCUGAAUCUUGCAGUGCAGUUUUGUAAAUGGAAAAAGUGUACAAAAAUGUGUUCUUGUGGGGAAGGCAUGCACAAAAAUGUAUAUAUUCAUGAAAAUAACAUGCAAGAAAAUAUUGCAAUCUCUGCAUUUCAGGGGGUUGGACUAGAUGAUCCUUGGGUCCCUUCCAAAUCUACGAUUCUAUGAUUCUGUAGGAAUCUAUGAUUCUGUAGGAAUACAUCAUACUAGGGGAAAUUGCUUGCAAAGGCCCUACUGGUGUGUCUUCGGCUUUUGAAACCUUGUCCCCCUUUUCUUUUCAGACUACCAGUUGACCAGCGCGGAUCUCUCAUCCCUCUCAUCGUUCAGUUCACCCACUGGUCUGUCUCUGAGCAACAUUUCUGCUUGGCAGCAGCAGCAGCAGCAGCAACAACAACAACAACAGCAGCAGCAGCAGCAGCAGCAACAGCAGCAGCAGCAGCAGCAACAGCAACAGCAACAGCAUCUGGUUCCUGUAUCACUAAGUAACUUAAUGUAAGUGCAUUGCAAUAAUCCACCCCUGUUGCAAAAUAGGGCAGAAUAGUGGCAUGGCCAAUGUGUAUGCGUUACACAUGUGUGCAAACAAAUAACAGAGUGUGCAUAUAGGCUACGCACAAUCACCAUACACGCACAUUCAGCACACACCCUCACCAAACAUACAGGCGCGGAGGACUCAAUGUCUUUCUUUCUCUCCCUUGGAGAGUCUAAAGGGUUGGAGAGACAAGACCAGGAAGGCUGCAUUUGACCCCUAGGCCUGAGGUUCCCCAUCCCUGAGACAAACCAUCCUCUCUGCCCCUUUGAGAUUUUCCUUUGAGACCUUGCUUUCUUCAUGCAUGCUUUUGCUGCCAUCUCAUCUCCUCCCUGCCUUUCCACUGCUGGGCACUGAUGUAAUUUUUUACAGCAGCAAUAACAGUCAUAGACUUGAUAGCAUCUUGUCCUGAGAGAUGUGAGGAAACAGGUAAGGAAAGUCACAGUAGGAGGAAGGAUGCUAAAUUAUUCCAGUGAAUUGCAAACAGCAUGUGGAAACAGAUAACUUUUUAACAGGAUGUCCCCAACCUGGUGCCCUCUGUUUUGGACUACAAUUCCCCUCAGCCACAAGAUCAUCUGGCCAUACUGGCUGGGGCUGAUGGGAAUUGUGAUCCAGAACAUAUGGAGUAUGCCGCCUGAAGAGGGACAUAGCAGUUAAGGUUGGGGCAAAGCUUCAGCCCUCUUACAACACUUUUGCCAUUCUAGCAUAAGUGAUGCACAAAUAGAGGCAAAUUGCCACAAUUCAGGCAGGUCGGCAGAAUUCAGAAUGUAGAAUUCUGUCUUGCUUUUUGAGUGCAUAUGCAGCUCUGCCCUCAAAGCUCCCCACUUACCAUAAAACCUCUGAAUCUCUCCCCAGUGUGCAGUUCUUGAGUCAAAUAAGAUUGGUGUGUGCCAUGUCAGCAAAUUGGAUGGUGUGUGUAUGUGUAGAGGGUGGCUGAGCCCAAGCAAUACUACCAUGAGGUGGAACGGGUCAGAACAUUCCCGCCACUUGCAAGACUGUGAUCCAAAGUUAUGUGAUCUAAUUGGAACACAGAUUUUGCUGUUGCUUGCUUCAAGAACUAGGCUUUUUUAUGGGGCAGGGUGGAAACUACAUCCUGGCCUACAGUUACCAAAAAAUGUCAGUGCUGAGCUCUGCUUUCUGUCCCAGAGUAUCCUUCAGCCAUGAUCUCUCCUCAGUCACAUGUUGUGCUGCUGGCAGAAAUUUCUUGACGGGCAGCUUGGGGGAACUGACACGAAUCUGUCACUGGAGCAAACAACCCAACCGGUCACCGUCUCAACUUCCGACCUGCGAGAGGCCAAGGGCUGGUUGGUUACAUAAGCAAGGCCAGCCAAAUGACUCUGUGUUGACUGAAUCUAGUGGAAGAGGCGCCUCUUUUGCCCCAGGAGCUCUGCAGCUCAUUUGCAAAGCCCAGAGCUCAGCAGCAGAGGACAGUCUCUGCCUGCAGAAGGUCCCAGGUUUCCUUGCUGGUAUCUCCCAACAAAAGGGACCUCAGUUCUAGGCAAAGGACCCCUUGGAGAGCCCCAAGAAUCCGGAGCUAGAUGGACCCAGGGCCUGAUGCAGUUGAAGGCAACUCUCUGAAUGCUGACAUUUUCAAGGCCACAGCUCAGUGCUAGACCACCUGCUUUGCAUUUGUUUCUCCUUGCAAAUUUAUAGAGAGUACACCAGACAUGUAAAAUAACCUGCAGCUGAAGAGAUCAUAAGAAUGCCAAAUUAAAAAGUAUAUACGCUAAGACAUUGAGAAUCCCUUGUUGGCUCCAGGAAAUUUAUGUGGACAUCUCUGGUCUCACUUGCAGGUCUCACUAUCCAAACACAAUGCAUUCUCAGGAAAUUGUUUGUUAAGCAAGCAUUUGCAUAACGACGAUUUCCAUUGAUUCCUAUGGAGAGAUUUCUAAUGCGUUCCCGACCACGGAAUUUCAACCCCCAGAAUAAUGAAAAAACUUGGGGAAACCCUCCAAAACCUUGCAAAAGGGCAAACAAGGAAUGGGAGGAAAAAUGCUCUCUCCUCCUUCCUCUUCCCUCCCUCCCUCCCUUCUAACAUGGUUUCUGGCAAAAUGACUGCCACAAACCACAAAAAAUACGGGUUGUUUAAGGCUGCUUAUUUGUUUACAGUCCUACAUGCAGGUCCAGCUGUUUGGCUGUCUGAGUCUGCGGUAUGUAUAGCCAAGGGUGGGUACUAAUUCCUCAUGUUUGGAUAAGUCAGUUUUUGUAUAACAAGCAUUUGGAUAGCGGGACCUGCGUGUAACACUAAACCAAAGCAUAGCGUUACAUGUUAGUGUUCACCACACCUGGUAGUAGGCAGGGCCAGGGGAAUUCUAAAAUAAGUCCAAAAGAAGAAAAUAGGUUUUUUUCAUGUGCUUUUCUUUUGCUGCUGUGUGCCCCUCCCCCAAAUAAUUUCUCAGUCAGCCCCUAGUUCUUUCCGUACUCAGGCUUGCAGUUCUCACUCAGUUGCUCUUUCUUCUCUUCACUCGCUCCUUUUUAAAUGCACUUCUCUGUAAACGACUGCUCGCUGUGGGCUUCCCACCCUAUCUUUUCUUUUUUGAAGCUGCCCCUUGCAAAUCAACCCCAAAGGCCCACACUCCCCCUGUAGGUGGUCCCAGCCUUGGGGCAUUCAGGAAAAGGUGUGAAAUCAAACUAGGAGAUCUCAGGUCCCUGCCUCCCAGGCCUCUUAUUUCCAAAUCAGUGAAGUUUGGAAUGGUUCGUUCCGCCAUCUUGAUUCAAAAUGGCGCCCAUAGAUGAAAACUACCUCCUCCAUCUCAGGAACCUUCAACUUUUUAUGUGUGUGUAUGAUGUUGUAUUGUGUUUUUACUAUUUUUUGUUGGGAGCCGCCAACAGAGAACAGGUGGACAGUCCCGUUUCCAAAACAUAUGCUGGAUAAAUAAAUGAGCCCCUGUGUGCCUGUGUCUCUCCCCCCCCCUUGCAGACAAGGAACCCACCUGUCCCACGCCAGCACCUUGACCGUCAACACCAACCCCAACAUCAGUAUCAAGUCGGAGCCUGUUUCACCCAACCGGGAACGCAACACGGCCACCCCGCUCUCCUCCUUCCCUCACCAGGCCCGGCAUGAGCCUACGGGACGUUCCCCCGUCGACAGCCUCAGCAGCAACGCCAGCUCCUACGAGGGCAACGAGCGGGAAGAUCAGUCCCGGGCCGACUUUGGCUCCUCUCUCGGCCUCCUGAGACCCACUGCCGAGGCCGAGGGGGAGAACCCGUCCGUGAAGCGCAUGCGGUUGGACGCUUGGGUGACAUAA